AUGCCUAAUCUUGCAAAGCCUCAGACGAGGCAUGGAAAAGUGCCCCCCUCUGACAGCCCUUCUUCGGCCUCGGCAGAUGCUAGCUCGGAAGAAGCACCAGCAUGGUUCAGAAUGGAGAUGGACAAGGGUAUAACAAAAAUUCAAGAGGCACUUUCUGAACGCCUCAUCAAAAUUGAUAUGCUGGUCGAUAAACUCCACGAAGACCAGAAUGUCACAAAGGGACGAGUGACAAAGUUAGAAAAAGACCAUGCUGACCACCAGGCUGCCAUCCUGGACGUCCCCGAGGACGUGGAUCAAAAGUACAAGAAGUUGGAAGACACCAUCUCUAAACUCGAGGAGAAAUUUGAUUGUUAUGAACAUUUCCAGAAGCGCUCGAAUUUGAGAUUAAGGUUUCCCGGAGGAAGAGACGCCAUCUCCUGUCUAAAGGAAUGGAUUCCCAAAAUUCUGGAUCUACCCCCCUUUCUGCGCACCCAUUGGAAAUCAAGAGGGCCCAUCACACGCUACGGAGGCGGCUGCCUGGCCAGGUUGCACCCAGGGCAUUUGUCAUUACAUUUUUACAGUAUUGUGUCCGCAUCCUCUCUGCUGCCUGAGCAAAAGGAGAGCUCAAGUACGAAGAUGCCAGAAUCCGGAUCUUCCUCCCAUACUACACGAGGAGGAUGGCUUUCUCCCCACUGAAGAGGCUUCUGCGGCAGGCUGGCUUGGCAUACGGCCUGCGCUACCUGUCGACUUUGUGGAUCGAAACCAAGAAUGGUGAGCGCACAUUUGACUCUGUGAAGACAGCUGAAACAUACAUGAGGAAAGAACUCCCCAACUUGUUCGCCUACUACAUCAUGAGGAACUGUAUUUUGAACUUAGAUACUGUGGAUAGUGAACUGUUAGAACAUGAGGAUACAACGAAAUGACUCGUAGGAUCGACUGGCUGGCACGGCUGGCUGGCUAGAUGGCCAUAGCUAUUGUUGGCUGCGCUAUUUAGCCAGCUCGCUAAGUUUACAAGGGUGUGACUAUAGCUAUAGCCACACUAUGCCAGGUAGUUACAUUUAUUUUCGGAGUAUAUAUUUAUUUUACGCAUAGAGAUCCAGUCGGGUUUGGUUAAAUAGUUAUGUGGCUUUAGACUGGAUUUCAAGCCUAACUGUUGUUUAUAUUACUUCAGGGAAUUUAUUUGCUAUUACUUUUUCUGGCUUGUUUAUUGUUAGAUGUAUGCUAGCGUUAGUGAUACCGAGGCAGGGAUAAGCUACACACUGGCUGGCCGCCUAAUUGCCAGCUAGCUGAUAGCUUUACAGUUGUGUGUGUGUAUAUAUACAGUUGAAGUCGGAAGUUUACAUACACUUAGGUUGGAGUCAUUAAAACUAGUUUUUCAACCACUCCACAAAUUUCUUGUUAACAAACUAUAGUUUGGUAAGUCGGUUAGGACUUCUACUUUGUGCAGGACACAAGUAAUUUUUCCAACAAUUGUUUACAGACAGAUUAUUUUACUUAUAAUUCACUGUAUCACAAUUCCAGUUGGUCAGAAGUUUACAUACACUAAGUUGACUGUGCCUUUAAACAGCUUGGAAAAUUCCAGAAAAUUAUGUGAUGGCUUUAGAAGCUUCUGAUAGGCUAAUUGACACCAUUUGAGUCAAUUGGAGGUGUACCUGUGGAUGUAUUUCAAGGCCUACCUUCAAACUCAGUGCCUCUUUGCUUGACAUCAUGGGAAAAUCAAAAGAAAUCGUCCAAAUUGUAGACCUCCACAAGUCUGGUUCAUCCUUGGGAGCAAUUUCCAAACGCCUGAAGGUACCACGUUCAUCUGUACAAACAAUAGUACGCAAGUAUGUACACCAUGGGACCACGCAGCCGUCAUACUGCUCAGGAAGGAGACGCGUUCUGUCUGCUAGAGAUUAACGUACUUGGGUGCGAAAAGUGCAAAUCAAUCCCAGAACAACAGCAAAGGACCUUGUGAAGAUGCUGGAGGAAACGGGUACAAAAGUAACUAUGUCCACAGUAAAACGAGUCCUAUAUCGACAUAACCUGAAAGGCCGCUCAGCAAGAAAGCCACUGCUCUAAAACGGCCAUAAAAAAGGCAGACUACGGUUUGCAACUGCACAUGGGGACAAAGAUCGUACUUUUUGGAGAAAUGUCCUCUGGUCUGAAGAAACAAAAAUAGAACUGUUUGGCCAUAAUGACCAUCGUUAUAUUUGGAGGAAAAAGGGGAAUGCUUGCAAGCCGAAGAACACCAUCCCAACCGUGAAGCACGGGGUGGCAGCAUCAUGCUGUGGGGGUGCUUUGCUGCAGGAGGGGCUGGUGCACUUCACAAAAUAGAUGGCAUCAGUCAAGACAUCAGUCAGGAAGUUAAAGCUUGGUCGCAAAUGGGUCUUCCAAAUGGACAAUGACCCCAAGCAUACUUCCAAAGUUGUGGCAAAAUGGCUUAAGGACAACAAAGUCAAGGUAUUGGAGUGGCCAUCACAAAGCCCUGACCUCAAUCCUAUAGAAAAUGUGUGGGCAGAACUGAAAAAGCGUGUGCGAGCAAGGAGGCCUACAAACCUGACUCAGCUACACCAGCUCUGUCAGGAGGAAUGGGCCAACAUUCACCCAACUUAUUGUGGGAAGCUUGUGGAAGGCUACCCGAAAUGCUACCAAAUACUAAUUGAGUGUAUGUAAACUUCUGACUCACUGGGAAUGUGAUGACGAAAUAAAAGCAGAAAUAAAUCAUUCUCUCUACUAUUUAUUCUGACAUUUCACAUUCUUAAACUAAAGUGGUGAUCCUAACUGACCUAAAACAGGGCAUUUCUACUAGGACUAAAUGUCAGGAAUUGUGAAAAACUUAGUGUAAAUGUAUUUGGCUAAGGUGUAUGUGAAUUUCUGACUUCAACUGUGUGUAUAUAUAUAUAUAUAUAUAUGUGUGUAUUUAUAUAUGUGUAUAUAGUGUGUGUGUGUAUAUAUGUGUAUAUAGUGUGUGUGUGUGUGUGUGUGUGUGUAUAUAUAUGUAUGUGUAUAUAUUGUGUGUGUGUACUGUACCAGUCAAAAGUUUGGACACCUACUAAUUCAAGGGUUUUUAUUUAUUUGUACUAUAUUCUACAUUGUAGAAUAAUAGUGAAGACAUCAAAACUAUGAAAUAACACAUGGACUCAUGUAGUAACCAAAAAAGUGUUAAACAAAUCAAAAUAUAUUUGAGAUUCUUCAAAUAGCCACCCUUUGCCUUGACGACAGCUUUGCACACUCUUGGCAUAACUAUACAUUUGUGACACUUAACGUUAGGGGUACUAAAUGCCCAGUCAAGCGCAAACGCAUUCUGAAUUAUCUAAAGCAGCAUAAGGUUGAUAUAGCUCUUCUUCAGGAGACACACCUGACUGACUCUGAGCAUUAUAAACUGAAGAGCGAGUAGGUGGGUCAAGUGUACUUAUUCAUCUUUCACCUCUCGGGCAAGAGGGGUGGCCAUUCUCAUUAAUAAGCAUUGCCCCUUUCCGCUACAAUCUCAGAUUUAAAGACAAAGGGGAUAGGUUUGUGAUCAUUUAAGGUUUCAUUAACACUGAGCCCAUUACCAUUGUGAAUGUGUAUGGGCCUAACCAUUUUACCAAGACAUCAUUUUGAAGUUAAUGUGCAUCAAAUAUAAUAAUGGCAGGGGAUUUUAACUUGUUACUGGACCCUUCCAGUGAUAGACCUUCCUCAUUGUACUGGCGCCAACGAAGAUGGCGGCCUCGCGACUAGCUCUUUGCAGUAUUUUGUUUUUUUAUGUAUUAUUUUUUACAUUAUUAGCUCAGAAAGUGUUUUGUAUCAUUACAUACAGCCGGGGAAAACUAUUGGAUAUCAGAGCGGGAUAACUCACCAGCAUUACGACCAGGAAUACGACUUUCCCGAAGCAGAUCCGUUGUUUGCUCUCCCCAGGGCAAUUUAACUGAAUCCAGCGGCUGACCCAAAACAUCGCCGGCGGAGGAGAGGCACUCGGAGCAGCCUGCUGGUUCGACUUAGGACUUAGGAAGCGCCGGAAGAAGAUGGCUGCCGUUUUACAGCCCUCUAACCAAUUGUACUAUUAUGUGUGUUUUUCCGCGUUAUUUGUAAUUUAUUUUGUACAUAAUGUUUAUGCCAUCGUCUCUUAUAACCAAAGAGAGCUUCUGGAUAUCAGGACAGCGAUUACUCACCUCGCGUUGGACGAACACUUUUUCUUCAACGAGGCGUUCGCGAAGGAUAUUCUACAGACUCCGGACAAGGCCCAGAUCCCCGUCAUUCGCGUGAGGAAGAGACGGAGAUAUCGUGGACGUAGGUCGGGGUGCCUUGUAAGGAUCCGACGGCGAACGAGUAAACUGCCUCUCCCAUCAAUCCUAUUAGCCAACGUUCAAGCUUUGGAGAAUAAAAUGGACGAUUUAAGAUUACGGUUAUCCUACCAACGGGACAUUAAAAACUGUAAUAUCUUAUGUUUCACGGAGUCGUGGCUGAAUGACAACAAUGACAACAUUCAGCUAGCAGGCUAUACGCUACAUCGGCAGGACAGAACGGCAGACUCGGGUAAGACGAGGGGUGGCGGUCUCUGUAUUUUUGUAAACAACAGCUGGUGCACAAAAUCAAAUACUAAGGAAGUCUCGGUUUUGCUCGCCUGAGGUAGAGUAUCUUAUGAUAAGCUGUAGACCACACUAUUUACCAAGAGAGUUUUAAUCUAUACUUUUCAUAGCUGUCUAUUUACCACCACAAACCAAUGCUGGCAUUAAGAUUGCACUGAAUGAGUUGUACAAGGCCAUUAAUCAACAGGAAAACGCUCAUCCAGAUGCAGCGCUCCUAGUAGCAGGGGACUUUAAUGCAGGGAAACUUAAAUCCGUUCUACCUCAUUUCUACCAGCAUGUUAAAUGUGCAACCAGAGGGGAAAAAACUCUAGACCACCUUUACUCCACACACAGAGACGCAUACAAAGCUCUCCCUCGCCCUCCAUUUGGCAAAUCUGACCAUAACUCUAUCCUCCUGAUUCCUGCUUAUAAGCAAAAACUGAAGCAGGAAGCACCAGUGAUUCGGCUAAUAAAAAAGUGGUCAGAUGACGCAGAUGCUAAGCUACAGGACUGUUUUGCUAGCACAGACUGGAACAUGUUCCGGGAUUCUUCAGACAGCAUUGAGGAGUACACCACAUCAGUCACUGGCUUCAUCAAUAAGUGCAUCGAUGAUGUCGUCCCCACAGUGACCGUACGUACAUACCCCAACCAGAAGCCAUGGAUUACAGGAAACAUCCGCACUGAGCUAAAGGGUAGAGCUGCCGCUUUCAAGGAACGGGACUCUAACCUGGACGCUUAUAAGAAAUCCCGCUAUGACCUCUGACGAACCAUCAAACAGGCAAAGAGUCAAUACAGGUCUAAGAUUGAAUCAUACUACACUGGCUCUGACGCUCGUCGGAUGUGGCAGGGCUUGAAAACUAUUACAGACUACAAAGGGAAGCACAGCCGCGAGCUGCCCAGUGACACAAGCCUACCAGACGAGCUAAACCACUUCUAUGCUCGCUUCGAGGCAAGCAACACUGAAGCAUGCAUGAGAGCACCAGCUGUUCCGGAUGACUAUGUGAUCACGCUCUCCGUAGCCGAUGUGAGUAAGACUUUUAAGCAGGUCAACAUUCACAAGGCCGCAGGGCCAGACGGAUUACCAGGACGUGUACUCCGAGCAUGUGCUGACCAACUGGCAAGUGUCUUCACUGACAUUUUCAACAUGUCCCUGACUGAGUCUGUAAUACCAACAUGUUUCAAGCAGACCACCAUAGUCCCCGUGCCCAAGAACUCUAAGAUAACCUGCCUAAAUGACUACCGACCCGUGGCACUGACGUCUGUAGCCAUGAAGUGCUUUGAAAGACUGGUCAUGGCUCACAUCAACAGCAUAAUCCCAGAAACCCUAGACCCACUCCAAUUUGCAUACCGCCCCAACAGAUCCACAGAUGAUGCAAUCUCUAUCGCACUCCACACUGCCCUUUCCCACCUGGACAAGAGGAACACCUACGUGAGAAUGCUAUUCAUUGACUACAGCUCAGCAUUCAACACCAUAGUGCCCUCAGCUCAUCACUAAGCUAAGGAUCCUGGGACUAAACACCUCCCUCUGCAACUGGAUCCUGGACUUCCUGACGGGCCGCCCCCAGGUGGUAAGGGUAGGUAACAACACAUCUGCCACACUGAUCCUCAACACGGGGGCCCCUCAGGGGUGCGUGCUCAGUCCCCUCCUGUACUCUCUGUUCACCCAUGACUGCAUGGCCAGGCACGACUCCAACACCAUCAUUAAGUUUGCCGACGACACAACAGUGGUAGGCCUGAUCACCGACAACAAUGAGACAGCCUAUAGGGAGGAGGUCAGAGAUCUGGCCGUGUGGUGCCAGGACAACAACCUCUCCCUCAACGUGACCAAGACAAAGGAGAUGAUUGUGGACUACAGGAAAAAAAAGAGGACUGAGCACGCCCCCAUUCUCAUCGACGGGGCUGUAGUGGAACAGGUUGAGAGCUUCAAGUUCCUUGGUGUCCACAUCACCAACGAACUAUCAUGGUCCAAACACACCAAGACAGUCGUGAAGAGGGCACGACAAAGCCUAUUCCCCCUCAGGAGACUAAAAAGAUUUGGCAUGGGUCCUCAGAUCCUCAAAAAAUUCUACAGCUGCACCAUCGAGAGCAUCCUGACUGGUUGCAUCACCGCCUGGUAUGGCAACUGCUUGGCCUCUGACCGCAAGGCACUACAGAGGGUAGUGCGUACGGCCCAGUACAUCACUGGGGCAAAGCUCCCUGCCAUCCAGGACCUCUAUACCAGGCGGUGUCAGAGGAAGGCCCUCAAAAUUGUCAAAGACUCCAGCCACCCUAGUCAUAGACUGUUCUCUCUGCUACCGCACGGCAAGCGGUACCGGAGUGCCAAGUCUAGGUCCAAAAGACUUCUCAACAGCUUCUACCCCCAAGCCAUAAGACUCCUGAACAGCUAAUCAUGGCUACCCGGACUAUUUGCACUGCCCCCCCACCCCAUCCUUUUUACGCUGCUGCUACUCUGUUAAGUAUUUAUGCAUAGUCACUUUAACUCUACCCACAUGUACAUAUUACCUCAACUAGCCGGUGCCCCCGCACACUGACUAUGCAACGGUACCCCCCUGUAUAUAUAGCCUCCCUACUGUCACUUUAUUCUAUUGUAUAUAUAGCCUCCCUACUGUCACUUUAUUUUUUACUUCUGCUCUUUUUUUCUCAACACUUUUUUGUUGUUGUUUUAUUCUUACUUUUUUGUUUAAAAUAAAUGCACUGUUGGUUAAGGGCUGUAAGUAAGCAUUUCACUGUAAUGUCUGCACCUGUUGUAUUCGGCGCAUGUGACCAAUAAAAUUUGAUUUGAUUUGAUUCCAAGUAUACUACUUGCUAAUGUUCAGUCUUUGGUUAACAAGAUCGACUAACUCCGGGCAAGGAUUUCUUUCCAGAGAGACAUCAAGGCCUGUAACAUACUUUGUUUCACGGAAACAUGGCUCUCUUGGGAUAUUCUGUCGAAAUCGGUCCAGCCAGAGGGGUUCUCAGUUCAUCGCGCAGACAGGAAUAAAUAUAUCCGGGAAGCAGAAGGGCGGAGGUGUGUGUUUCAUGAUUAACGACUCAUGGUGUAAUUGUAGUAACAUACAGGAACUCAAGUCAUUUUGUUCACCCGACCUAGAAUAUCUCACAAUCAAAUGCCGACCGUAUUAUCUCCCAAGAUAAUUUUCUUCGGUUAUAGUCACAGCCGUGUAUAUCCCCCCCCUGAAGCCGAUACCAUGACGGCCCUCAAAGAACUUCACUGGACUUUAUGCAAACUGGAAACCACAUAUCCUGAGGCUGCAUUUAUUGUAGCCGGGGAUUUUAACAAAGCAAAUUUGAGGACUAGGCUGCCGAAGUUCUAUCAACAUAUCGACUGUUGUACUCGUGCUGCCAAAACCCUCGACCAUUGCUAUUCGAACUUCCGGGAUGGUUAUUUGGCCCUCCGCCGCCCUCCUUUCUGCAAAUCUGACCACGACUCCAUUUUGCUCCUCCCUUCCUAUAGGCAGAAACUCAAACAGGAAAUACCAAUCGGAGUCCACGCUUCAAGAUUGUUUUGAUCACGCGGACUGGGAUAUGUUCCGGGUAGCUUCCGAAAAUAAUUUCGACGAAUACACUGAAACAGUGACUGAGUUUAUCAGGAAGUGUAUUGGUGAUGUUGUGACUAUUAAAACCUAUCCUAACCAGAAACCGUGGAUAGAUGGCAGCAUUCGUGCCAAUCUGAAAGCGUGAACCACUGCAUUCAACCAUUGCAAGGUGACUGGGAAUAUGGCAGAAUACAAACAGUGUAGCUACUCACUCCGCAAGGCAAUUAAACUGGCAAAACAUCAGUAUAGAGACAAAGUGGAGUCGCAAUUCAACGGCUCAGACACGAGACGUAUGUGGCAGGGUCUACAGAUAAUCACGGACUACAAAAGGAAAACCAGCCACGUCGCCGACACGACGUCUCGCUUCCAGACAAGCUAAACACCUUCUUCGCCCGCUUUGAGGAUAACACAGUGCCACUGACGAGGCCCACUAUCAAGGACUGUGGCCUCUCCUUCUCCGUGGCCGACGUGAUUAAGACAUUUAAGCAUGUUAACCCCCGCAAGGCUGCCGGCCCAGACGGCAUCCCUAGCCACAUCCUCAGAGCAUGCGCAGACCAGCUGGCUGGUGUGUUUAUGGACAUAUUCAAUCUCUCCCUUUCCCAGUCUGCUGUUCCCACAUGCUUCAAGAUGGCCACUAUUGUUCCUGUACCCAAGAAAGCAAAGGUAACUGAGCUAAAUGACUAUCGCCCUAUAGCACUCACCUCUGUCAUCAUGAAGUGCUUUGAGAGUCAAGGAUCAUAUCACCUCUACCUUACCUGUCGCCCUAGACCAACUUCAAUUUGCUUACCUCCCCAAUAGAUCCACAGAUGAAGCAAUUGCCAUCACACUGCACACUGCCCUAUCCCAUCUGGACAAGAGGAAUACCUACAGUGAGGGAAAAAAGUAUUUGAUCCCCUGCUGAUUUUGUACGUUUGCCCACUGACAAAGACAUGAUCAGUCUAUAAUUUUAAUGGUAGGUUUAUUUGAACAGUGAGAGACAGAAUAACAUCAAAAAAAUCCAGAAAAACGCAUGUCAAAAAUGUUAUAAAUUGAUUUGCAUUUUAAUGAGGGAAAUAAGUAUUUGACCCCUCUGCAAAACAUGACUUAGUACUUGGUGGCAAAACCCUUGUUGGCAAUCACAGAAGUCAGACGUUUCUUGUAGUUGGCCACCAGGUUUGCAUACAUCUCAGGAGGGAUUAUGUCCCACUCCUCUUUGCAGAUCUUCUCCAAGUCAUUAAGGUUUCGAGGCUGACGUUUGGCAACUCGAACCUUCAGCUCCCGCCACAGAUUUUCUAUGGGAUUAAGGUCUGGAGACUGGCUAGGUCACUCCAGGACCUUAAUGUGCUUCUUCUUGAGCCACUCCUCUGUAGCCUUGGCCGUGUGUUUUGGGUCAUUGUCAUGCUGGAAUAUCUUUCCACGACCCAUUUUCAAUGCCCUGACUGAGGGAAGGAGGUUCUCACCCUAAAUGUGAUGGUACAUGGCCCCAUCCAUUGUCCCUUUUGAUGCGGUGAAGUUGUCCUGUCCCCUUAGCAGAAAAACACCCCCAAAGCAUAAUGUUUCCACCUCCAUGUUUGACGGUGGGGAUGGUGUUCUUGGGGUCAUAGGCAGCAUUCCUCCUCCUCCAAACACAGCUAGUUGAGUUGAUGCCAAAGAGCUCCAUUUUGGUCUCAUCUGACGACAACAAUUUCACCCAGUUCUCCUCUGAAUCAUUCAGAUGUUCAUUGGCAAACUUCAGACGGGCAUGUAUAUGUGCUUUCUUGAGCAGGGGGACCUUGCGGGCGCUGCAGGAUUUCAGUCCUUCACAGCGUAGUGUGUUACCAAUUGUUUUUUUGGUGACUAUGGUCCCAGCUGCCUUGAGAUCAUUGACAAGAUCCUCCUGUGUAGUUCUGGGCUGAUUCCUCACCGUUCUCAUGAUCAUUGCAACUCCAGGCCGAGGGAGAUUGACAGUUAUUUUGUGUUUCUUCCAUUUGCGAAUAAUCGCACCAACUGUUGUCACCUUCUCACCAAGCUGCUUGGCGAUGGUCUUGUAGCCCAUUCCAGCCUUGUGUAGGUCUACAAUCUUGUCCCUGACAUCCUUGGAGAGCUCUUUGGUCUUGGCCAUGGUGGAAAGUUUGGAAUCUGAUUGAUUGCUUCUGUGGACAGGUGUCUUUUAUACAGGUAACAAGCUGAGAUUAGGAGCACUCCCUUUAAGAGUGUGCUCCUAAUCUCAGCUCGUUACCUGUAUAAAAGACACCUGGGAGCCAGAAAUCUUUCUGAUUGAGAGGGGUCAAAUACUUAUUUCCCUCAUUAAAAUGCAAAUCAAUUUAUAAUAUUUUUGACAUGCGUUUUUUCUGGAUUUUUUUGUUGUUAUUCUGUCUCUCACUGUUCAAAUAAACCUACCAUUAAAAUGAUAGACUGAUCAUUUCUUUGUCAGUGGGCAAACGUACAAAAUCAGCAGGGGAUCAAAUACUUUUUUCCCUCACUGUAUGUAAGAAUGCUGUUCAUUGACUAUAGCUCAGCAUUCAACACCAGUGUACCCUCCAAGCUCAUCAUCAAGCUUAAGGCCCUGGGUCUGAACCCCGCCCUGUGCAACUGGGUCCUGGGCUUCCUGACGGGCCGCCCCCAGGUGGUGAAGGUAGGAAACAACAUCUCCACUUCCCUGAUCCUCAACACUGGGGCCCCACAAGGGUGCGUGCUCAGCCCCCUCCUGUAUUCCCUGUUCACCCAUGACCGCGUGGCCAAGCACGCCUCCAACUCAAUCAUCAAGUUUGCAGACGACAACAGUAGUAGGCUUGAUUACUAACAAUGACGAGACCGCCUACAGGUAGGAGGUAAGGGCUCUGGGAGUGAGGUGCCAGGAAAAUAACCUCUCAUUCAACGUCACCAAAACAAAGGAGAUGAUCGUGGACUUCAGGAAACAGCAGAGGGUGCACCCCCCUAUCCACAUCGACGGGACCGCAGUGGAGGUGGAAAGCUUCAAGUUCCUUGGCGUACACAUCACCGACAAACUGAAAUGGUCCACCCACGCAGACAGUAUGGUGAAGAAGGCACAACAGAGCCUCUUCAACCUCAGGAGGCUGAAGAAAUUCGGCUUGGCACCUAAUACCCUCACAAACUUUUACAGCUGCACAAUUGAGAGCAUCCUGUCGGGCUGUAUCACCACCUGGUACGGCAACUGCACCGCCUGCAACCGCAGGGCUCUCCAGAGGGUGGUGCGGUCUGCCGAACGCAUUAUCGGGGGAAAACUACCCGCCCUCCAAGACACAUACAGCACCCGAUGUCACAGGAAGGCCAAAAAGAUCAUCAAGGACAACCACCCGUGCCACUGCCUGUUCACCCCACUAUCAUCCAGAAGGUGAGGUCAGUACAUGUGCAUCAAAGCUGGGACCGAGAGAAUGAAAAACAGCUUCUAUCUCAAGGCCAUCAGACUAUUAAAUAGCCAUCACUAGCACAUUAGACGCUGCUGCUGCCUAUUGAAAUCACUGGCCACUUUAAGAAAUGGAACACUAGUCGCUUUAAUUAUGUUUACAGUCACUUUAAUAAUGUUUACAUAUCUUGCACUACUCAUCUCAUAUGCAUAUGUCUCCUGAGUGGCGCAGUGGUCUAAGGCUGAGCUAUAGCUAGCUGUGCCACUAGAGAUCCUGGUUCGAAUCCAGGCUCUGUCGCAGCCGGCCGCGACCGGGAGACUCAUGGGCAGCGCACAAUUGGCCUAGCGUUGUCCAGGGUAGGGGAGGGAAUGGCCGGCAGGGAUGUAGCUCAGUUGAUAGAGCAUGGCGUUUGCAACGCCAGGGUUGUGGGUUCAAUUCCCACGGGGGACCAGUAUGAAAAAAAUAUAUGUAUUCACUAACUGUAAGUCGCUCUGGAUAAGAGCGUCUGCUAAAUGACUAAAAUGUAAAUGUAAUGUAUAUACUGCAUUCUAUUCUAUAAUAUUCUACUGUAUCUUAGUCCGUGCCGCUCUGUCAUUGCUUGUCCAUAUAUGAAUAUUUUCUUAAAUUCCAUUCCUUACUAGUUUUUUGUGUAUUAGGUAUAUGUUGUGAAAUUGUUAGAUAUUACUUGUUAGAUAUUACUGCACUGUCGAAGCUGAUUGAUAAUAGGAUCAACCUCACACAGGCAGAUAAAAUGUUAAAAGCAGAAAUGAAAGAUUUUGGAUUUUGGACAAAAGGUUAAAGAAUACUCAUUUUACUCCACUGUCCAUAACAGUUACUCUAGAAUCGACUCUUAUUCCUGCAGGCAAGGGAAGUUUAACUACUGUGUGUAAGUAUAUACCAAGAUGUAUAUCAGAUCAUUCUGCUCUGCUGGCUUCAUUACCAGUCAGUAAAACACAACCACCCUCAAGAAGGUGGAGGUUUGGCACAUACUUACUAAAUAAUCCUACAUUUGUAAAAUUUCUGAAAACUCAUAUCGACAUAUUUCUUAGCACCAAUAACAACUCUGCCUCCCCCCUAAUUUUAUGGGAAGCUCUCCUUGCAUAUCUGAGGAGGCAAAUCAUUUUGUUUAGUUCAGGUGCUCGUAAAAUGUAUAAGGCUCCAAGUAGAUUCUUUGGAGAAAGACAUUUGAGAUCAGGAAAAUUAACAUAGUAUAACAUUUGACUACUCAACUACAAAAAUUUGACUAAAAGCGAUUGGAAUAUAACACCCUGACGACCCACAAAGCAGAAAACGCACUUAGGAGAACAAAACUACUAUGAAGAUGGAGAUGAAGCAGGAAAGUUGCUUGCUUGGCAGAUAAGGAGAGAGAAAGCUAGUAGAGUUAUUAGCUCUAUAAAGCUGCCCAUUAACAGUUGUUCAGGGUCCUGGUCUUUAGGGAGUUUUAUGAAACAUUGUACAAGUCUGAAGGGGAUGCCCCUGCCACAAUGCAUAAGUUUUUGAACAAACUCAAUUUACAAGCUUUAACUGAUGAGGAUAGAGAGUACUUGGAGAAAGAGAUUACAUCUGAGGAAAUUAGGGAAUCCAUUUUCAACACUGCUUGGGGAAAAUCACCAGGGUUAGAUGGAUUCCCUAUUGAAUUCUAUAGUUCCUUUUUACCCAAACUGAUUGAGCCUCUAUGCAAUACAGUGGGGGAAAAAAGUAUUUAGUCAGCCACCAAUUGUGAAAGUUCUCCCACUUAAAAAGAUGAGAGGCCUGUAAUUUUCAUAAUAGGUACACGUCAACUAUGACAGACAAAAUUAUACUUUUUUUUCCAGAAAAUCACAUUGUAUUUUUAAUGAAUUUAUUUGCAAAUUAUGGUGGAAAAUAAGUAUUUGGUCAAUAACAAAAGUUUCUCAAUACUUUGUUAUAUACCCUUUGUUGGCAAUGACACAGGUCAAACGUUUUCUGUAAGUCUUCACAAGGUUUUCACACACUUGCUGGUAUUUUGGCCCAUUCCUCCAUGCAGAUCUCCUCUAGAGCAGUGAUGUUUUGGGGCUGUCGCUGGGCAACACGGACUUUCAACUCCCUCCAAAGAUUUUCUAUGGGAUUGAGAUCUGGAGACUGGCUAGGCCACUCCAGGACCUUGAAAUGCUUCUUACGAAGCCACUCCUUCGUUGCCCGGGCGGUGUGUUUGGGAUCAUUGUCAUGCUGAAAGACCCAGCCACGUUUCAUCUUCAAUGCCCUUGCCGAUGGAAGGAGGUUUUCACUCAAAAUCUCACGAUACAUGGCCCCAUUCAUUCUUUCCUUUACACGGAUCAGUCGUCCUGGUCCCUUUGCAGAAAAACAGCCCCAAAGCAUGAUGUUUCCACCCCCAUGCUUCACAGUAGGUAUGGUGUUCUUUGGAUGCAACUCAGCAUUCUUUGUCCUCCAAACACGACGAGUUGAGUUUUUACCAAAAAGUUAUAUUUUUUUUCUUCUCAUUUUGUCUGUCAUUGUUGACGUGUACCUAUGAUGAAAAUUACAGGCCUCUGUCAUCUUUUUAAGUGGGAGAACUUGCACAAUUGGUGGCUGACUAAAUACUUUUUUUCCCCACUGUAUGUUUAAUUAUGCUAUAGAGACAGAAAAGCUCCCAGACACACUUGAACAAGCACUGAUCACAGUUUUGUUGAAACCUGGGAAAGAUCCUCUGCUUUGUGGGUCGUAUAGACCAAUAUCUUUAUUGAACACUUCAUAUACGAUUCUUGCAAAACUCAUUGCUCUUAGACUAGAUAAGGUUCUCCCUGACUUGGUUGAUAUGGACCAAACAGGCUUAGUAAGAAACCGCUCAUCUCCUGAUAAUAUCAGAAGUUUAUUUAAUAUUAUGCAUUAUGUAGAGAAUGACCAAGAACCUGUAGUGGCGGCUUCAUUAGAUGCGGAAAAAGCUUUUGACCGCAUAGAAUGGAACUACCUGUUUUGAAGUUUUACAGAGGAUGAAUAUGGGUUGCCCUGCUAGUCCUCUCCUUUUUUCUUUGGCUAUAGAGCCACUGGCAGGAGCUUUUAGAUCUUAACCAUCCAUCUAUGGUGUUCGUAUAGGUGGGCGCGAACAUUUGGUCUCGUUAUAUGCUGAUGAAAUGUUGCUUUACCUCACUAAAUCAGAAAUUUCACUCCGAGCAUUAGUUGACCUCCUGAAAGAAUAUGGGACCUUUUCAGGAUUUAAAAUAAACCUAUCGAAGAGUAUAGUCAUGACUUUUAACAGGGCAGCUAUGCAGAAUCCAGUCUUAGACCAGCCGUUUUCUUGGAGACCUCAGAAAAUGACAUAUCUAGGAUUGCAAAUUCCUUCUGAAAUUAUUAAGACCUAUCAACUGAACUAUACUCCACUUCUCAAAAAGGUUGGGGAAGAAUUGGAUAGAUGGCGGGAUUGACCCAUUUCUCUUAUUGGGCAGGUCAAUUGUGUAAAGAUGAAUAUAUUACUGAAAUUCUUGUACCAUUUUUCUAACCUUGCCCUUUCCUAUUCCCAAUGUUUUUUUCAAACAACUUAAUAGGAAGGUCUCUUAAUUUCUGUGGAAAGGGAAACCCCCCAGAGUGAAACUCACAACUUAAUGCAAACCAUACUCAGGAGGGCUUACUUUACCUGACUUCCAGUUGUAUUACUAGGCAUCUCAGUUAAAGGCUGUGUGAGUAUGGCAAAAUACAACAAGUUCACCCUCACCUUUUCUAUAAUAACCCCAUCUUACCCAAAGCCCUGAGAGAUGGUAUUACAUUUUCUUGGUUCAACAAAGGAAUUAAAACAUUUGGUCAUCUGUAUAGAGAAGGUGAACAACUGUCCUUUCAACAACUGGCAUCUCAUUUUCAGUUACCUCAAACUCAUUUCUUCAAGUACCUACAGGUUAGGCAUUGUAUUGCCACUCAGCAGGGAGGUAGGAUUCAGCCCAUGAGUAAACCUAUAACUGAUAAACUGUGGCUGGAGAGGAAAGGGAUAAAAGGUUUCAUUUCUUACAGGUACUCUAGUCUUCAAGCUCUGUUGGGGAACGAUGAAGCUCUGAAGGCUUGCAUGAAGUGGCAUGAUGACCUUGGCCUCAUUUUUGAGGAUGAGAAAUGGGGAAAGCUCUUUUUAGAUGCUCAGCGUCUUUCAUUUAACACAAGUUGAUCCAAUUCAAUAUUUUACAUAGGGUCUACUUUACACCAAAGAGACUGUAUAAGAUCAAUUCUAAAUAUUUAAAAUGUUGCCCACGGUGUAAAACGGGGGUGGGCACACUUAUGCAUAUGUUUUUGUCCUGCCCUGAACUAGGCAAUUAUUGGGAAGACCUUAUUAAGAUCUUAUCACAGGUCACUAAUAUGACUGUACCACUAGAUCCUUCUGUUAUUCUUCUUGGAGAUUACUCUAUUCUACCAGUUAAUAUUGGUAGCAAAACCAGAUUCAUUAAAUUGGCAUUCAUUACAGCCAAUAAAUGCACAGCUAUUAUAUGGAAGAGUGACACUCGGCCAAGCAAGCAGAUGUUGCUAAAAGAACUAACUUCCUAUAUUCCAUCUGAAAAAAUUACGUACAAUUUACAUAAUAGACUCUUUGAAUUUACUACUGUCUGGGGGGACUUUCAGCAGUGUCUAGAGUUGUCACCUUAGCUGCCUCAUUAUUAUUUUCUUCAUUAAUGUAUUAUUAUUUGUUUUUGCGUUUAAUUAUUAUUUUCUAGCAUUGGAUGUGAAGGUCAGUCUGUUUAGUGUUUUUGUUAAUCAUUGAAGCUAUUACUGGGAGGGGGGUGUUCAUGUGUUGGGGAGGGAAGGGUUUUGCACGGUGCUCCCAUGUAGCAUGCUGUUUUGUGUAGGUCGAAGGAAUAACGGGGCAUUAUCUGUGUCAUAUUUUGCUGAUUUUUAAAUUGUAAGAAACGCCAAUAAAUAUAUUGUAAAAAAAAAAAAACACGUAUUUAAUAAGCCCUUAAACAGCACGUGGUUGUCAAUGGUUUUAGCGGAGCUGGGGGUCUCCUUGCCCCCCAGCAGCCAAAUCGAAUGUAUUGUGACGUUUUAUUGAAAACGACCUAUAAUAAUGGAGAGAGUUUAAGAACCUCUGAUCUCCACAUUAUACACAGACCCCAUAUGUGAGACUGUGCCUGUUUACUUGAUAUUCUAACUCCGUUAGAAUACUGAUCUCGUCACUGGCUCUUUCUCCUACUCACCUCUAUUUCUAUUUUACUCUUUGUCCCUCUCUAGAUUGCUGACCUGGCUAAUGAGGACACUCCCCAGCUGUAUGUGGCCUGUGGCAGGGGACCCAAAUCCACCCUCAGAGUCCUCAGACAUGGACUGGAGGUAUGUGUACUGCUAUUUCACUUCCCAUCACACAUUCACAUCCCAGAAAGUGACAUGGCACAGUAGUAUUUGGGCAAUGACUACAUUUGAACACACUCCUGCAGAUACUCACUCACAUGCACACCAGAAACCAGAGUUUGGCUGAGUUUGGUUUCUAGGUUUUCAUUAGUAGCUGUAAAAGUCAUGAUAUUCAUGUCUCUUCUCUGACAAAGCACUGGAGAGAAUGUGUAUACCUCCGAUCCCAGCAGAUCUUAAAAUGUUAAUGCACAGGCUGGUAAAUGCUUAGGUUAGAAGACAAUGAGUAUCUAUCUGAUCAGUGCUUGUUCCCUCCAGGUGUCAGAGAUGGCUGUAUCUGAGCUGCCCGGUAACCCCAAUGCUGUGUGGACUGUGCGCCGACACAUUGAAGGUACUUGUUUAAGGUCCAAUGCAGCCGUUUUGGUCUCAAUAUCAAAUCAUUUCUGGGUAACAAAAUACCUUACUGUGAUUGUUUUAAAUUAAAAUGGUCAAAAAGAAAGAAGGAAAAAUGCACUACAUGACCAAAAGUAUGUGAACAUCUCAUUCCAAAUCAUGGGCAUUUAAUAUGGAGUUGGUCCCCUCUUUGCUGCUAUAACAGCCCCCACUCUUCUUGGAAGGCUUUCCACUAGAUGUUGGAACAUUGCUGCGGGAACUUGCUUCCAUUCAGCCACGAGCAUUAGUGAGGUCGGGCACUGAUGUCGGGCGAUUAGGCCUGGCUCGCGUCUGCUUUCCAAUUCAUCCCAAAGGUGUUCGAUGGGGUUGAGGUCAGGGCUCUGUGCAUGCCAGUCAAGUUCUUUCACACCGAUCUCAACAAACCAUUUCUGUAUGGACCUCGCUUUGUGCACGGGGGCAUUGUCAUGCUGAAACAGGAAAAGGCCUUCCCCAAACUGUUGCCACAAAGUUGGAAGCACAGAAUCGUCUAGAAUGUCAUUGUGUGCUGAAGCGUUAAGAUUACCCUUCACUGGAACUAAGGGGCCUAGCCCGAACCAUAAAAAACAGCCCCAGGCCGUUAUUCCUCCUCCACUAAACUUUACAGUUGGCACUGCAUUGGGGCAGGAGGCGUUCUCCUGGCAUUCGCCAAACCCAGAUUUGACCGUCGGACUGCCAGAUGGUGAAGCGCGAUUCAUCACUCCAGAGAACGCGUUUCCACUGCUCCAGAGUCCAAUGGCGGCAUGGUGAUCUUAGGCUUGUGUGCGGCUGCUUGGCCAUGGAAACCAUUUCAUGAAGCUCCUGACGAACAGUUAUUGUGCUGAUGUUGCUUCCAGAAGCAGUUUAGAACUAUGUAGUGAGUGUUGCAACAGAGGACAGACGAUUUUUACGAGCUUCAGAACUCGGCGGUCCCAUUCUGUGAGCUUGUGUAGCCUACCACUUCACGGCUGAGCUGUUGCUGCUCCUAGACGUUUCCACUUCACAAUAACAGCACUUAUAGUUGACCGGGGCAGCUCUAGCAGGGCAGAAAUUUGACGAACUGACUUGUUGGAAAGGUGGUAUCCUAUGAAGGUGCCAUGUUGAAAGUCACUUAGCUCUUCAGUAAGGCUAUUCUGCUGCCAAUGUUUGUCUAUGGAGAUUGCAUGGCUGUGUGCUCGAUUUUUAUACACCUGUCAGCAACGGGUAUGGCUGAAAUAGCCGAAUCCACUAAUUUGAAGGGGUGUCCACAUACUUAUACAGUGCAUUCGGAAAGUAUUCAGACCCCUUGACUUUUUCCACAUUUUGUUACGUUACAGCCGUAUUCUAAAAUUGAAUAAAUUAUUUUUCUCCUCAAUCUACACACAAUACCCCAUAAUGACAAAGCAAAAACAUUUUUUUAUUUUAUUUCUUCCAAAUAUAUAAAAAAUAAACUGAUACCAUUUGGAAAACUCCAUGUGCCUUUUACUGAGGAGUGGCUUCCGUCUGGCCACACUACCAUAAAGGCCUGAGUGCCGCAGAGAUGGUUGUCCUUCUGGAAGGUUCUCCCAUCUCCACAGACGAAAUCUGGAGCUCUGAAAGAGUGACCAUCGGUUUCUUGGUCACCUCCUUGACCAAGGCUCUUCUCCCCCGAUUGCUGAGUUUGGCCAGGCGGCCAGCUCUAGGAAGAGUCUUGGAGGCCACUGUGUUGUUGUUGGACCUUCAAUGAUGCAGAAAUGUUUUGGUACCCUUCCCCAGAUCUGUGCUUUGACACAAUCCUGUCUCGGAGCUCUAUGGAUAUUUCAUUCGAUCUCAUGGCUUGGUUUUGCUCUGACAUACACUGUCAACUGUGGGACCUUUAUAUAGACAUGUGUGCCUUUCCAAAUCAUGUCCAAUCAAUUGAAUUUAUCAAGUUGUGGAAACAUAUCAAUGGAAACAGGAUGCACCUGAGCUAAUUUUCGAGUCUCAUAGCAAAAGGUCUGAAUACUUAUGUAAAUAAGGUAUUUUUGUUUUUUAUUUUUAAUAAAUUAGCAACAUUUCUAAACCUGUUUUCGCUUUGCCAUUAUGGGGUAUUGUGUGUAGAUUGAGGAUUUUUAUUUAUUUAAUCAAUUUUAGAAUAAGGUUGUAACGUAACAAAAUGUGGAAAAAGUCAGGGGGUCUGAAUACUUUCCGAAUGCACUGUAUAUAGUGUAGCUUAGCAGAGAAGUUUCUCAAGCAAGCAUUUUGCUAGGACUGUCUUGGGAGUGGUUUGAGACGGGGAGGGGAAAACUGAAAGAUUCGCUGUUUUCGUUAGUCAUCAUGUAGCCAAUCUUAUUUCUCCAACACAACUAUCACACGCACAGCAUACAGUAAAAUGCUAUUUUAUUAGCCCAUUCAUUGCGCAACAUUUCUAAAUUUACAUUUACAUUUUAGUCAUUUAGCAGACGCUCUUAUCCAGAGCGACUUACAGUUAGUGAAUACAUUUUUUAUUUUUUUAUACUGGCCCCCCGUGGGAAUUGAACCCACAACCAUACUUCAUUGUUUGAAUCCUGAAUGUUUUACUUCAUGAGGCAUGUCUUACCUUGCUUCAAAGUAGCCUAUAGGCAAAUAACAACCAUGGUAACGUGGAGGCAUUUCUUCUAUAAAGACUUCAUAGGCGGCGAGUACGUUUGAGGUUUAGGGAGGCUUACAAUUCAUCCUGACAUUUCUACCGAUCUGCGUGCCAGUUAUGAUUUUCUUUGGAACAGUUUCAUUUCAAUAGUGUUUUAGUUUCUCAAAAUCAUUAGUCUAAGGCGGCGGGUGGGGGGGGGGGGGUGUUCUACUAAGCUAUAUGGAAUUGUUUUAAGAAGGUCAUAACAAGGAUAAUUUUGCUAUUUGAUUUGGAAAUGUAAGAUCCCUUGAAGUAUAAAAAAAUUAUAAAAAUCCUAACAUUAUUUGUUAACAUUUUUAUUUGGCCUUACUGCUAUUAGCCCAUACAAACACAUUGAAUAACAAAUUCACUACAUGGAACAACAGAUAUUCCCUCAAAUAAAUCUAAAGGAAGUUUGUUCUGAAGUGUAUAUCUGAGAGGUAUAAGAAAGAUCAGGAAACCUUUUAAUUUAAUUUGUUACCCCUUAUUUUUGGCACUAAAGUGCCUUCGGAAAGUAUUCAGACCCCUUGACUUUUUCCACAUUUUGUUACGUUACAGCCUUAUUCUAAAAUGGAUUAAAUAAAUAAAAAUCACACACAAUACCACAUAAUGACAAAGCAAAAACAGGUUUAGAAAUGUUUGCAAAUUUAUUAAAAAUAAAAACACAACUUAUUUACAUAAGUAUUCAGACCCUUUGCUAUGAGACUCGAAAUGGAGCUCAGGUGCAUCCUGUUUCCAUUGAUCUCUUCCUAGAGGGCAAUCGGGGGAGAAGGGCCUUGGUCAGGGAGGUGACCAGGAACCCGAUGGUCACUCUGACAGAGCUCUAGAGUUUCUCUGUGGAGAUAGGAGAACCUUCCAGAAGGACAACCAUCUCUGCAGCACUCCACCAAUCAGGCCUUUAUGGUAGAGUGGCCAUUAAAAGGCACAUGACAGCCCGCUUGGAGUUUACCAAGACUCUGUACCGGUACCCCCUGUAUAUAGCCUCCCUACUGUUAUUUUAUUUUACUGCUGCUCUUUAAUUCUUUAUUUUUUACUUUCAAUUUUUUAUUUAACACUUACUUUUCUUAACUGCAUUGUUGGUUAAGGGCUUGUAAGUAAGCAUUUCACUGUAAGGUCUACACCUGUUGUAUUUGGCGCAUGUGGCAAAUAAAAUUUGAUUUGAAAAGGCACAUAAAGACUCUCAGACCAUGAGAAACAAGAUUCUCUGUUCUGAUAAAACCGAGAUCGAACUCUUAGGCCUGAAUGCCAAGCGUCACGUCUGGAGGAAACAUGGCUAUUUGAAGAAUCUCAAAUAUAAAAUAUAUUUUGAUUUGUUUAACACUUUUUUUGGUUACUACAUGAUUCCAUAUGUGUUAUUUCAUAGUUUUGAUGUCUUCACUAUUAUUCUACAAGAAAAACCCUUGAAUGAGUUGGUGUCCAAACUUUUGACUGGUACUGUAUGUAAAUGUAUGUAUGUAAAUAUUUUUAUUUUUUAUAAAUUAGCAAACAUUUGUAAACCAGUUUUUGCUUUGUCAUUAUGGGGUAUUGUGUGCAGAUUGAAACGGGAAAAAACGAUUUAAUUAAUUUAAGAAUAAUGCUGUAACGUGAAAAAGUCAAGGGGUCUGAAUACUUUCCGAAUGCACUGUAUACUUCCUUACAUUUUUUCAACUGGUACCAGGUGGCUUCAGACUUCUCUUGUGAGGCCUGUGGGUGUGUAGGCCAAACCGUUGGUACGCUACAGACAGAAGUUGGCAGAUAGACUGUACAGACUUCAGAUCAGUCCCAAGAUGCUUGUGGGGGUCGUAGAGCAAAACUGAACACCAUCGUAUUCGUGAGUCUCAUCGUUCCAUAGAUGGGUCAUAAUAGUUUGUAGGCCGACCCAUUCGGCUGCUACAGAUGAUUUUGUGUGAUGUCCGAUUUUCGGGUUGUCUCAUGCUCUGACAAACACUGCUCUAGCUCUGUCACCUUUCACCGCAGAUGCGGAAGUGUGACAUCGGCGGCUGCGGUGGAAUGAGACGCAUCCAAUGCAAAAAAAAAAAAAAAAAAACGGUAUCUCUAGCUUAAACUGAUGUAUUCUUAUGGGGAUUUUUUAGUUAUGCUAAUUAGAUUUCCACGUGGGCGCAGACAUCGACUCUAGGGGGUUAAUCAUAAAAAUCUCUAUUAAAAUCUAAAAGUUAAAAUUGAACUAAUGCGAGAGCACCGGCCUCUGCCAUAUGGACACAUUGAUACACCGAGAUCCAUUGGUGGCUAAACAAAUGAGCGCAUGGAACUCAUAGCCUAUAGGCCAAUGCAGCAGUAGGCAUAUAACUUCCAUUGUCAACUAAGUUAAAAAGACAUAAUGACAAAUAUAAACAGUAGAAAAUAUAAAUUCAGGUUAUUUCAGUCGCAUUUAUCUCUCUACUCUCCUGUCUGCCUCCCGUUCUAUGUCUUGACUUGAGUUACUCUUUGUAUCAAUUCCCCAUUACAAAUGUUUACUACUGGUGACAUAUGUAAUGGGGAAUUGAUAAAAAUAAACAAUCAAAUGGGGAAACAAUUCACACAAUGAAACAAUGAAUGCGUAAGAAUUGGUGGGAGACAGCUGAGCCAUUCUGGAGAGAUCUUCACCACACAACCCUCCCCUUGUCUAAAUGUCUUAAAUUAUACUCAAGACACAUUAUCUUCACACAUAUUUUAGAUACUUUUCACUGACAGCCGCAACUCAAUAAUCAGCUAGGCCUAUUGGCACGCGCUCUGCCCAAAUUGCGGGCUUCCCAAAUAGAUAUAGGCCUAAAAUCUUAUGAUUUGAAAGAACCCACAGCCUACAGUGCCUUCAAAAAGUAUUCAUACCCCACAUUUUGUUGUAUUACAGCCUGAAUUAAAAAUGGAUUUAAAAAAAAAAAUGCUCACCCAUCUACACACAAUACCCCAAAUGACAAAGGGAAAACAUGUUUUUAGACAUUUUUGCAGAUUUAUUAAAAAUGAAAUACAUUAUCUCAUUUACAUAAGUAUUCACACCCCUGAGUCAAUACUUUGUGGAAGCACCUUUGGCAGUGAUUACAGCUUGUAAGCCUUUAAUAGCUUUAUACACCUGGAUUCUGCAACAUCUGCCCAUUUUGACUAUUUUCGAAAUUCUUCAAGCUCUGUCAAAUUGGUUGUUGAUCAUUAAACUGUAACUUGGCCACAUUCACUGUCUUCUUGGUAACCAACUCCAGUGUAGAUUUGGCCUUGUUUUUUAGGUUAAUGUCCUGCUGAAAGGUGAAUUCAUCUCCCAGUGUCUGGUGGAAAGCAGAUUGAACCAGGUUUUCAUUUAGGAUUUUGCCUUAUUUCUAAUCCUGAAAAACUCCCCGGUCCUUAACAAUUACAAGCAUACCCAUAACAUGAUACAGCCACCACUAUGCUUGAAAAUAUGGAGUGCACUACUCAGUAAUGUUGUAUUGGAUUUGCCCCAAACAUAACACUUUGUUUUCAGGACAAAAAGUUAAUUGCUUUGCCAGAAUUUUUGCAGUAUUACUUUAGUGCCUUGUUGCAAACAGGAUGCAUGUUUUAUAAUAUUUUUUAUUCUGUACAGACUUCCUCCUUUUCACUCUGUCAUUUAGGUUAGUAUUGUGGAGUAACUACAAUGUUGAUCCAUCCUCAGUUUUCUCCUAUCAUUGCUAUUAAACAGCAGUGCAUUCGGGAAGGAUUCAAACCCCUUGACUUUUUCCACAUUUUGUUAUGUUACAGCAUUAUUCUAAAAUGGAUUAAAUAGUUUUUUUCCCCUCGUCAAUCUACACACAAUACCCCAUAAUGAUAAACCAAAAACAGGGUUUUAGACAUUUUUCCAAAUAUGUGUAUAUAUUAAAAAUCAAAAUAAACAUUUACAUAAGUAUUCAGACCCAGCCUUGAGUCUUCUUGGGUAUGACAAUACAAGCUUAACACACCUGUAUUUGGGGAGUUUCUCCCAUUCUUCUCUGCAGAUCCUCUCAAGCUCUGUCAGGUUGCAUGGGGAGCGUUGCUGCACAGCUAUUUUCAGGUCUCUCCAGAGCUCAAGUCCGGGCUCUGGCUGGGCCACUCAAGGACAUUCAGAGACUUGUCCCGAAGCCACUCCUGUGAUGUAUUGGCUGUGUGCUUAGGGUCGUUGUCCUGUUGGAAGAUGAACCUUCACCCCAGUCUGAGGUCCUGAGCACUCUGGAGCAGGAUUUCAUCAAGGAUCUCUCUGUACUUUGCUCUGUUCAUCUUACCCUUGAUUCUGGCUAGUCUCCCAGUCCCUGCCACUGAAAAACAUCUCCACAGCAUGAUGCUGCCACCACCAUGCUUCACCGUAGGUUUGGUGCCAGGUUUCCUCUAGAUGUGACGGUUGGCAUUCAGGCCAAAGAGUUCCAUCUUGAUUUCAUCAGACCAGAGAAUCUUGUUUCUCAUGUUCAGAGUCCUUUUAGGUGUCUUUUGGCAAACUCCAAGUGGGCUGUCGUGCCUUUUACUGAGUGGCUUCCGUCUGGCCACUCUACCAUAAAGGCCUUAUUGGUGGAGUGCUGCAGAGAUGGUUGUCCUUCUGGAAGGUUCUACCAUCUCCACAGAGGAACUCUGGAGCUCUGUCAGAGUGAUCAUCGGGUUCUUGGUCAAGGCCUUUCUCCCCCGAUUGCUCAGUUUGGCCGGGCGGCCAGCUGUAGAAAGUCACAUUUUAUGUUACAGCCUUAUUCUAAAAUUGAUUUAUUUGUUUCCCUCAUCAAUCUAAACACAAUACCCCAUAAUGACAAAGCAAAAACUGUUUUUUUAGAAUGUUUGCAAAUUCAUAAAAAAUAAAAAGUUAACUUAUUUACAGAAGUAUUCGGACCCUUUGCUAUGAGACUUGAAAUUGAGCUCAGGUGCAUCCUGUUUCCAUUGAUCAUCCUGGAGAUGUUUCUACAACUUGAUUGGUGUCCACCUGUGGUAAAUCCAAUUGAUUGGCCAUGAUUUGGAAAGGCACACAAAUCAAAUCAAAUCAAAUUGUAUUGGUCACAUGCGCCAAAUACAACCGGUGCAGACAUUACAGUGAAAUGCUUACUUACAGCCCUUAACCAACAGUGCAUUUAUUUUUAACAAAAAAAGUAAAAAUAAAACAACAACAAAAAAAGUGUUGAGAAAAAAAAGAGCAGAAGUAAAAUAAAGUGACAGUAGGGAGGCUAUAUAUACAGGGGGGUACCGUUGCAGAGUCAAUGUGCGGGGGCACCGGCUAGUUGAGGUAGUUGAGGUAAUAUGUACAUGUGGGUAGAGUUAAAGUGACUAUGCAUAAAUAAUUAACAGAGUAGCAGCAGCGUAAAAAGGAUGGGGUGGGGGGGCAGUGCAAAUAGUCCGGGUAGCCAUGAUUAGCUGUUCAGGAGUCUUAUGGCUUGGGGGUAGAAGCUGUUGAGAAGUCUUUUGGACCUAGACUUGGCACUCCGGUACCGCUUGCCGUGCGGUAGCAGAGAGAACAGUCUAUGACUAGGGUGGCUGGAGUCUUUGACAAUUUUGAGGGCCUUCCUCUGACACCGCCUGGUAUAGAGGUCCUGGAUGGCAGGAAGCUUGUCCCCAGUGAUGUACUGGGCCGUACGCACUACCCUCUGUAGUGCCUUGCGGUCGGAGGCCAAGCAGUUGCCAUACCAGGCGGUGAUGCAACCAGUCAGGAUGCUCUCGAUGGUGCAGCUGUAGAAUUUUUUGAGGAUCUGAGGACCCAUGCCAUAUCUUUUCAGUCUCCUGAGGGGGAAUAGGCUUUGUCGUGCCUUCUUCACGACUGUCUUGGUGUGUUUGGACCAUAAUAAUAAAAUAAUAACCAUGAUAGUUCGUUGGUGAUGUGGACACCAAGGAACUUGAAGCUCUCAACCUGUUCCACUACAGCCCCGUCGAUGAGAAUGGGGGCGUGCUCAGUCCUCUUUUUUUUCCUGUAGUCCACAAUCAUCUCCUUUGUCUUGGUCACGUUGAGGGAGAGGUUGUUGUCCUGGCACCACACGGCCAGGUCUCUGACCUCCUCCCUAUAGGCUGUCUCAUCGUUGUCGGUGAUCAGGCCUACCACUGUUGUGUCGUCGGCAAACUUAAUGAUGGUGUUGGAGUCGUGCCUGGCCAUGCAGUAAUGGGUGAACAGAGAGUACAGGAGGGGACUGAGCACGCACCCCUGAGGGGCCCCCGUGUUGAGGAUCAGUGUGGCAGAUGUGUUGUUACCUACCCUUACCACCUGGGGGCGGCCCGUCAGGAAGUCCAGGAUCCAGUUGCAGAGGGAGGUGUUUAGUCCCAGGAUCCUUAGCUUAGUGAUGAGCUUAGAGGGCACUAUGGUGUUGAAUGCUGAGCUGUAGUCAAUGAAUAGCAUUCUCACGUAGGUGUUCCUCUUGUCCAGGUGGGAAAGUGCAGUGUGGAGUGCAAUAGAGAUUGCAUCAUCUGUGGAUCUGUUGGGGCGGUAUGCAAAUUGGAGUGGGUCUAGGGUUUCUGGGAUAAUGCUGUUGAUGUGAGCCAUGACCAGCCUUUCAAAGCACUUCAUGGCUACAGACGUCAGUGCUACGGGUCGGUAGUCAUUUAGGCAGGUUAUCUUAGAGUCCUUGGGCACGGGGACUAUGGUGGUCUGCUUGAAACAUGUUGGUAUUACAGACUCAGUCAGGGACAUGUUGAAAAUGUCAGUGAAGACACUUGCCAGUUGGUCAGCACAUGCUCGGAGUACACGUCCUGGUAAUCUGUCUGGCCCUGCGGCCUUGUGAAUGUUGACCUGCUUAAAUGUCUUACUCACAUCGGCUACGGAGAGCGUGAUCACAUAGUCAUCCGGAACAGCUGGUGCUCUCAUGCAUGCUUCAGUGUUGCUUGCCUCGAAGCGAGCAUAGAAGUGGUUUAGCUCAUCUGGUAGGCUUGUGUCACUGGGCAGCUCGCGGCUGUGCUUCCCUUUGUAGUCUGUAAUAGUUUUCAAGCCCUGCCACAUCCGACGAGCGUCAGAGCCAGUGUAGUACGAUUCAAUCUUAGUCCUGUAUUGACUCAUUGCCCGUUUGAUGGUUCGUCGGAGGUCAUAGCGGGAUUUCUUAUAAGCGUCCGGGUUAGAGUCCCGUUCCUUGAAAGCGGCAGCUCUACCCUUUAGCUCAGUGCGGAUGUUUCCUGUAAUCCAUGGCUUCUGGUUGGGGUAUGUACGUACGGUCACUGUGGGGUCGACAUCAUCGAUGCACUUAUUGAUGAAGCCAGUGACUGAUGUGGUGUAGUCCUCAAUGCUGUCUGAAGAAUCCCGGAACAUGUUCCAGUCUGUGCUAGCAAAACAGUCCUGUAGCUUAGCAUCUGCGUCAUCUGACCACUUUUUUAUUAACCGAGUCACUGGUGCUUCCUGCUUUAGUUUUUGCUUAUAAGCAGGAAUCAGGAGGAUAGAGUUAUGGUCAGAUUUGCCAAAUGGAGGGCGAGGGAGAGCUUUGUAUGCGUCUCUGUGUGUGGAGUAAAGGUGGUCUAGAGUUUUUUUUCCUCUGGUUGCACAUUUAACAUGCUGGUAGAAAUUAGGUAGAACGGAUUUAAGUUUCCCUGCAUUAAAGUCCCCGGCCACUAGGAGCGCUGCAUCUGGAUGAGCGUUUUCCUGUUGAUUUAUGGCCUUGUACAACUCAUUCAGUGCAAUCUUAAUGCCAGCAUUGGUUUGUGGUGGUAAAUAGACAGCUAUGAAAAAUAUAGAUGAAAACUCUCUUGGUAAAUAGUGUGGUCUACAGCUUAUCAUAAGAUACUCUACCUCAGGCGAGCAAAACCUCGAGACUUCCUUAGUAUUUGAUUUUGUGCACCAGCUGUUGUUUACAAAUAUACACAGACCGCCACCCCUUGUCUUACCGGAGUCAGCCGUUCUAUCCUGCCGAUGUAGCGUAUAGCCCGCUAGCUGUAUGAUAUCCAUGUCGUCGUUCAGCCACGACUCGGUGAAACAUAAGAUAUUACAGUUUUUAAUGUCCCGUUGGUAGGAUAACCGUAAUCUUAAAUCAUCCAAUUCACACCUGUCUAUAUGAAGUCCCACAGUUGACAGUGCAUGUCAGAGCAAAAACCAAGCCAUGAGGUUGAAGGAAUUGUCCGUAGAGCUCCGAGACAGGAUUGUGUCGCGGUACAGAUCUGGGGAAGGGUACCCAAAAUGUCUGCUACAUUGAAGGUCCCCAAGAACACAGUGGCCUCCAUCAUUCUUAAAUGGAAGAAGUUUGGAACCACAAAGACUUCCUAGAGCUGGCUGCCCGGCCAAACUGAGCAAUCGGGGGAGAAGGGCCUUGGUCAGGGAAGUUACCAAGAACCCAAUGGUCAGUGGAGAUGGGAGAACCUUCCAGAAGAACAAGAUUCUUUGGUCUGAUGAAGCCACGAUUGAACUCUUUGGCCAGAAUGCUAAGCGUCACAUCUGGAGGGAACCAGGCACCGCUCAUCACCUGGCCAUUACCAUCCCUAUGAUGAAGCAUGGUGGUGGAAGCAUCAUGCUGUGGGGAUGUUUUUCUGCAGCAGGGACUUGGACAAUAGUCAGGAUCGAGGGAAAGAUGAAUGGUGCAAUGUACAGAUAGAUCCUUGACUGAACCUCGGACUGGGGCAAAGGUUCACCUUCAAACAGGACAACGACCCUAAGCACAGAGCCAAGACAACGCAGGAGUGGCUUCGGGACAAGUCACAAUGUCAGUGAGGGGCCCAGCCAGAGCCCGGACUUGAACCCGAUCGAACAUCUCUGGAGAGACCUGAAAAUAGCUGUGCAGCGACACAUCCCAUACAACCUGAGAUGAUCUGCAGAGAAGAAUGGGAGAAAUUCCCCAAAUACAGGUGUGCAAAGCUUGUAGCGUCAUACCCAAGAAGACUCCAGGCUGUAAUUACUGCCAAAGGUGCCUCAGCAAAGCACUGAGUAAAGGGUCUGAAUACUUAUGUAAAUGCAAUGUUUUAUUUUUUAUUUUUAAUACAUUUGCAAACAUUUCUAAAAACCUGUUUUUGCUUUGUCAUUAUGGGGUAUUGUGUGAAUACUUUCCGAAUGCACUGUAGAUGCGGAGGAAAGUUUGCGGGGGUAAGAUUUAUCAGGCCAUCAAUGGAAGAGCACUCUCAAAUUAUUAUGAUUUAUUAUUGAUCAAGUUAGAAAAAUGAGCCUGUCUGGCAUUUCUAAUUGCCUUGUUAUAUAUCAAAUCAAAAUGUCAAAGUUGCUCUCAGAAUAUCAUAAUGGACAUGCAACUUUGAAUUUCUCCACUUCCGCUCUGCCUUUCUGCAAUUUCUCUUUAAUUGAUUUGUUUCCUCACUCAUCCAAGGAGCUCUUCGUUUGGAUUUGGCCUUUUUCAACAUUACUGGAGCUGUAGCAUCAAUGGUUGCUGUUAAAGUUAUCAACUAAAUCAUCACAAGAGGAAGGCAGAAUAGGUGAUGGUGUAUUGUUCAUACACGCAAUACAAUCUGUAGCAACUUCAGAGUUGUCACAAAAGGAGACAUUCCUGUCGUUGCAAAGGUUCUUCAGGUACUCGUUUAGGGCAACUAGUCGGCUGAAACGUUCCAAACCCCUUUGAUAGCACUAGUGGGGGCCAGAGAUAAUUAUUAUAUUCCCUGUGCUAGUGAGGGUGUUAAACAUUUUUUUUAUAUUCCUCCCUCAGUUCCUCAGAUCGCCUAAAGCGAAGGUUGUUAACCUACAUGAGUGACGAUGGUGUCAAUAUUGGAGUAGUUGGCCAGAACGUGGGCAAAUUGUUUGAAAAUGACAUUUAAUGUGUUACGCACCCAAUGCAAAUGAUCCCAGUACAUUUUAAAAAUGGUCAGUAAAUUCAAAUCUGUUCUGCCAGACUAUUCCCAGAAAUCAUGUGAUUUCAGAGCUUUGUACUGUCAUAGUGUAGUUCAGUGGCCUGGUUCACUUUCACUCUGACUUUCAUUACAUUUUACAUUUGAGUCAUUUAGCAGACGCUCUUACCCAGAGCGACUUACAUGAGCAAUUAGGGUUAAGUGCCUUGCUCAAGGGCACAUCGACAGAUUUUUCACCUAGUCGGCUCGGGGAUUAGAACCAGCGACCUUUCGGUUACUGGCACAACGCUCUUAACCACUAAGCUACCUGCCGCAUCCUCGACUUGGCUCAUACAGCUGGUUAGCCUGCACAAGUCAGUUACCUUCUACGCACUGGUUUACAGAAGUAGAUUUCAAUAUUGUUAUGCAAUGCACUGGGUUAGUGAAGAAUACAAAUAAAGCUAUGUGAUUGAUAGUAAUUGCUUCAUGUACCAGAUAGGAGAGAUUCUGCCGAAGUCUCAGAGCACAGUUUGAGAGGGGAAUUUCUCAUGUCUCUUCUCUUACAAGUGACAUCAAUAAGGGAUCAUAGCUUUCACCUGGUCAGUCCAUGUCUAAUGUUUUGUACACUGCAUAUUAAAUAUCAAUUGAGAGAGUUGAAUACACCUCUGAUCUCCGCAUACACUGAGUGUACAAAACAUUAGACGUGGACUGACCAGGUGAAGGCUAUAAUCCCUUAUUGAUGUCACUUGUUAAAUCCACUUCAAUUUGUGUAGAUGAAGGGGUGGAGACUUGUUAAAGAAGGACUUUUUAAGCCUUGAGACAUGGAUUGUGUGUGUAUGCCAUUGAGGGUGAAUGGGCAAGAUUAGAUUUGAACGGGGUAGGGUAGUAACUGCCAGGCGCACCGGUUUGAGUGUCAACAACUGCAACGCUGCUGGGUUUUUCACACUCAACAGUUUCCCGUGUGUAUCAAGAUUGGUCCACCACCCAAAGAACAUUCAGCCAACUUGACACAACUGUGGGAAGCAUUGGAGUCAACAUGGGCCAGCAUCCCUGUGGAACACUUUCGACACCUUAUAGAGUCCAUGCCCUGACGAAUUGAGGUUGUUUUGAGGGCAAAAGGGGGUGCAACUCAAUAUUAGGAAGUUGUUCUUAAUGUUUUGUACACUAUGUACAUACAUAGACACACUUUAUGAAUAAAUAAAAACAUGUAGUUGAUGAUAUUAUGCUUAAUGUAUCAGAUUAAUAUUGAACAACAGUAUCAUCAAGUGAAUAAUUUUGAAUAACACUAACUGUCCAGAUAUCCCCUUGGUGUGAAACUCUUGCUCAUUUAAACACCUCUCCUCCUCCAGAUGAGUUUGACGCCUACAUCAUUGUGUCCUUCGUCAACGCCACCCUGGUUCUGUCUAUUGGAGAGACCGUAGAGGAAGUGACAGACUCCGGUUUCCUGGGGACCACCCCCACCCUCUCCUGCUCUCUGCUGGGGGAGGAUGCUCUGGUGCAGGUCAGUAUAACACCCACACUACACGCCUCUCCAGGGGCCUGAACAUGCACCUUAUGUUUUGGAGGGAAUAAAAUGCUGAUGGUAAAAGUGAUAUAAAGCUGAAGGGAGAUUAAGUGUAUGGGAGAUGUAAUAUUGCUGUUGAAAUGAUGAGUCUUCAUGUCUCUUCUCUGACAUAAUAAUGGAGAGAGCUUAAACACAUCUGAUAUCAGCAUUAUACACAGACAUAGACACCCUGGCCAGGCCCCUUCCCCAGCCCUGUGUAAACUGUGAAUUGUCUUGUGCAGGUGUAUCCUGAUGGGAUCCGUCACAUCCGUGCUGAUAAGCGUGUGAAUGAGUGGAAGACUCCAGGGAAGAAGACCAUUGUGCGCUGUGCAGUCAACCAGAGGCAGGUGGUCAUUGCUCUGACCGGAGGAGAGCUGGUCUACUUUGAGAUGGACCCGGUGAGUAGUGAACCUUCAUGCCCUGGGUGUUUUUUAUUUCAUCAGCCAAGUACUGUCUUCUCUUAGUUUGACCCUAUUUUGAUCUGCUUUUUCAGGAUAUCCUGAGUCCUGCUCAGUGAAAAGUUAAUAUUUCUUUGGACCGUAGAUAUUUAUGAUAACCUUCUCCCUUUCUCUCGCCUCUCACACUCUCUCCCCCUCACAAGUCUGGCCAGCUGAAUGAGUACACAGAGAGGAAGGAGAUGUCAGCUGAUGUGGUGUGUAUGAGCUUGGCCAACGUCCCGCCUGGCGAGCAGCGCUCCCGUUUCCUGGCUGUGGGGUUGGUCGACAACACCGUCCGCAUCAUCUCUCUGGAUCCCUCGGUAUGACUCUUAUCAGGCUACAGUAUUUCAUUCCCUCUCUCUUUGAAAGCCUUGCAGACAGUCUGCCCAUCUGUUUGGAAUGGAUUUCAUUAAUAGCGACUGCUCUCUGGGUCGUUAACCAGCACUAGAUGUUCUUGAACCACGACAAGCGAACUCAUCCAAAGCUCAGUUGCUCUGCUGCGUUUUCCAAUCACAAUUUAAGUCGAGUGGGGGGAAUAUUUUUCCAAAAGCCACAUUGUUGAUUUUGCCCUCUUUAGUACGUGUUUGUACCACCUCUCUAAACUGUAUGUAGCCCUAACCCUGCUGUGUUUGUCUGGUGCAGGACUGUCUCCAGCCCCUCAGUAUGCAGGCUCUGCCAGCCCAGCCUGAGUCUCUGUGUAUAGUGGAGAUGGGAGGAGUGGAGAAGGAAGAUGAGCUAGGAGUGAAGGGCACUGUCGGUUUCCUCUACCUCAACAUCGGACUACAGGUAAGCUAUCUGUCCUGUGAUGUCUUGAGGCAGGGUUUGAAGAGAGGGAUGUUAUGCUGUAGCUGUUGAAGUGAUGAGUUUCUCUUGUCUCUUCACUGACUAAAUAAUAAUGGAGAGAGUUUCAAACGCCUCUGUCAGCAUAUAUACAUACAUACACUAUCUGUGUGACUGCCUCCUUACUUCUGGCACUGUAUUACUUGAUAUUCUGUGCUCUGUUAGAACACAUUCUAGAGCUUCUAGAGGUAACAUCAACAUGUCUUUUCUCAGAACGGUGUGUUGCUCAGGACUGUGCUGGACCCAGUGACUGGAGACUUGUCUGAUACUCGUACUCGGUACCUGGGGUCGCGACCUGUGAAGCUCUUCCGGGUCAGGAUGCAGGGACAGGAAGCUGUAAGUGGAAUGAGAUUUUCAGGGAUUGGGAGCUGAAACGUAACAUUGUAUUAAUAUCCUCUCUGAUAGGGGUAUAACAGUUCACCAAACCCACGGUUUGGUACGUAUUGCGGUUUUAGGGUCACGUUUCGGUACAGUGGGAAAAUGUAAAUGCCAUUCACAAUGUUCAGCAUUCACCAUGUUCCUUGCAUUUCUGUUGUAACCAGAUUGUUAUGUUGGGCCUCAUGUAUUACAGUGAAAUGCUUACUUACAGCCCUUAACCAACAGUGCAUUUAUUUUAAACAAAAAAAGUAAAAAUAAAACAACAACAACAAAAAAAAGUGUUGAGAAAAAAAAGAGCAGAAGUAAAAUAAAGUGACAGUAGGGAGGCUAUAUAUACAGGGGGGUACCGUUGCAGAGUCAAUGUGCGGGGGCACCGGCUAGUUGAGGUAGUUGAGGUAAUAUGUACAUGUGGGUAGAGUUAAAGUGACUAUGCAUAAAUACUUAACAGAGUAGCAGCAGCGUAAAAAGGAUGGGGUGGGGGGGCAGUGCAAAUAGUCCGGGUAGCCAUGAUUAGCUGUUCAGGAGUCUUAUGGCUUGGGGGUAGAAGCUGUUGAGAAGUCUUUUGGACCUAGACUUGGCACUCCGGUACCGCUUGCCGUGCGGUAGCAGAGAGAACAGUCUAUGACUAGGGUGGCUGGAGUCUUUGACAAUUUUGAGGGCCUUCCUCAAUUUUGAGGGCCUUCCCCAUGUUUCCACUCUGAUGCUGCGUUUGUAACCAUGUGGGAAUUUACUAGUUGUGAAGUCGUAAAUACCAGUUGGAUGCAUAUAUGUGAUUUUGAACUUGCUGAGAAACACCGAUUGGCUAAUUGGCAACAAGCUGUCAACCAUAAACUAAAAGUACAGCUAUCAAGCUUGUAAACAAAUUAUAGAGUUAAAAAAACAAAAUUUUUAUAAAUAGUUUUGUUGCAUUUAACUGGCCGAAAAAUGCUUUUAUCAAGGCCAUUUCCUUAGUAGGUGACGUCAAAGGUCACCAUGUGGGAGAAGUGGGUGCUCAGGAUGAUGGAUGAGUUUCCCACUAGUAAUUACCAGUUUGAUGACCAUUCAAGUGGAUUCUUUCCAGUUGAGCGUGGUGAGAUACUGUUAACGUUUUAUCCACAACUCUCUGUCCAUCGUCGUUGUAAUCUGCUGGGAGCCAAACUGUUCCCAAACUGGAGAUUUAAACGAUGAUGGUGGAUCCUCCAAUUCUGGUUUAUCGACCCCACCACUGCGCCUCACAAAAGGACAGUUUGAAAUGCGCCGAUUUGAAUUUUGAUUACAACGUGCGCAUAGGCUCUAGUUUUUUUUUUAACGGAAUCAACAGAAAUGUUUUUUUUCCCAUUCUCAUAUUUACUCGAGGCAUAGGCUUACAAACAGUUUUUUUUUAAUGUAUUCAUUUGGGUUCACAGUGCGGACCGAACCGAGGUCCCCAUACACGAAUACAUGUACAGUUACACCCUUACACUCUGACCAUUGAACCCCUCUAUCUCCUCUAGGUGUUGGCCAUGUCUAGCCGCUCCUGGCUGAGUUACUCUUACCAGUCCCGCUUCCACCUGACACCCCUGUCCUAUGAGACACUGGAGUACGCCUCAGGUUUCGCCUCUGAACAGUGUCCUGAGGGCAUUGUGGCCAUCUCCACCAACACCCUGAGGUAGACACAGACACACACACACACACACACCCCCUUACACUCAUACUCAUCAAAAACCUAAAUUCCAUAUGCAUUCAUUGGCAAGAUUUGAAGACCGGGGAGUUAUGCUGUUGAAAUGAGUCUUCAUGUCCCUUCUCUGACAAACCAUUGGAGAGCGCUUAAACAUCUCUGAUCUCAGCAUUUACAGAGAUCCCAUCUCGUUUUCUGUCAUUCCCCCUCAAGCAUAGUAAUUCUCAAUUAUAACACUGAUAUUUAACUUAUGAGGGAUACAGUGAGAGAAAAAAGUAUUUGAUCCCCUGCUGAUUUUGUACGUUUGCCAACUGACAAAGACAUGAUCAGUCUAUAAUGUUAAUGGUAGGUUUAUUUGACCAGUGAGAGACAGAAUUACAACAAAAAAAUCCAGAAAAACACAUUAUAAAUUGAUUUGCAUUUUAAUGAGGGAAAUAAGUAUUUGACCCCUCUGCAAAACAUGACUGAGUACUUGGUGGCAAAACCCUUGUUGGCAAUCAGAGGUCAGACGUUUCUUGUAGUUGGCCACCAGGUUUGCACACAUCUCAGGAGGGAUUUUGUCCCACUCCUCUUUGCAGAUCUUCUCCAAGUCAUUAAGGUUUCGAGGCUGACGUUUGGCAACUCGAACCUUCAGCUCCCUCCACAGAUUUUCUAUGGGAUUAAGGUCUGGAGACUGGCUAGGCCACUCCAGGACCUUACUGUGCUUCUUCUUGAGCCACUCCUUUGUUGCCUUGGCCGUGUGUUUUGGGUCAUUGUCAUGCUGGAAUACCCAUCCACGACCCAUUUUCAAUGCCCUGGCUGAGGGAAGGAGGUUCUCACCCAAGAUUUGACGGUACAUGAUGCGGUGAAGUUGUCCUGUCCCCUUAGCAGAAAAACACCCCCAAAGCAUAAUGUUUCCACCUCCAUGUUUGACGGUGGGGAUGGUGUUCUUGGGGUCAUAGGCAGCAUUCCUCCUCCUCCAAACACGUUGAGUUGAUGCCAAAGAGCUCGGUUUUGGUCUCAUCUGACCACAACACUUUCACCCAGUUCUCCUCUGAAUCAUUCAGAUGUUAAUUGGCAAACUUCAAACGGGCCUGUAUAUGUGCUUUCUUGAGCAGGGGGACCUUGCGGGCGCUGCAGGAUUUCAGUCCUUUCACAGCGUAGUGUGUUACCAAUUGUUUUCUUGGUGACUAUGGUCCCAGCUGCCUUGAGAUCAUUGACAAGAUCCUCCCGUGUAGUUCUGGGCUGAUUCCUCACCGUUCUCAUGAUCAUUGCAACUCCACAAGGUGAGAUCUUGCAUGGAGCUCCAGGCCGAGGGAGAUUGACAGUUAUUUUGUGUUUCUUCCAUUUGCGAAUAAUCGCACCAACUGUUGUCACCUUCUCACCAAGCUGCUUGGCGAUGGUCUUGUAGCCCAUUCCAGCCUUGUGUAGGUCUACAAUCUUGUCCCUGACAUCCUUGGAUAGCUCUUUGGUCUUGGCCAUGGUGGAGAGUUUGGAAUCUGAUUGAUUGCUUCUGCGGACAGGUGUCUUUUAUACAGGUAGCAAGCUGAGAUUAGGAGCACUCCCUUUAAGAGUGUGCUCCUAAUCUCAGCUCGUUACCUGUAUAAAAGACACCUAGGAGCCAGAAAUCUUUCUGAUUGAGAGGGGGUCAAAUACUUAUUUCCCUCAUUAAAAUGCAAAUCAAUUUAUAACAUUUUGGACAUGUGUUUUUCUGGAUUUUUUUGUUGUUAUUCUGUCUCUCACUGUUCAAAUAAAUCUACCAUUAAAAUUAUAGACUGAUCAUUUCUUUGUCAGUGGGCAAAUGUACCAAAUCAGCAGGGGAUCAAAUACUUUUUUCCUUCACUGUAUGUCCCAUUUACUUUUUCUCAAGUUAUUCCCCAUUACUUUUUCUCAAGUUAUUCCUGUUCCCACUAUGCCAUUAUGGCUGUUAUGCCAUUAACACCUGUUAUGUGGUACACAUGUUGUGACACUGCCUUUGUCUCCCUCUUAGGAUUCUGGCCUUGGAGAAGCUGGGUGCCGUUUUCAACCAGGUGGCCUUCCCCCUGCAGUACACACCUCGCAAGUUUGUCAUCCACCCAGAGACCAACAACCUGAUCCUCAUAGAGACUGAUCACAAUGCCUACACAGAGGCCACCAAGGCCCAGCGCAAGCAGCAAAUGGCAGAGGUAGGGUUCUGACCAACGUGUCGAUGGACUGAGAGGGUGGGAACAGGGUGACUGACUGAGGCUACAUGUUGUACACCCAGGCUUUGUAGCUUGUGUAGGCUGAUAUUAUGAAAGUGGAGUUAUAAUAUACAUAGGGCUGGCACAAUUACUAUAUAACUGUGUACCCGACGGUUAUGGAUGAAGACUGUAAAAUAACCGUUUUUGUGCGGUUGUCCGUUUCUGCUGUAACAUGGACUACAGUAACGUGGACUCUACAACGGGAUUAAACUUUGUUGCUCCUUGCUGAAACAAGCAAGGUCUUGUAGCAAACAAGUCUUCGGUUGCCUAGACAACUCCACCCUCCCUGCAGCAUAUACAGUCAGGAGAGGAGAAAAUGUGCAUCUUUUAAAAAAAUAUAUAUAGAUCUAUAUUUUUUAUUUAUUCGGUUAUUACGGCGACUGUGGUCAUUUGGCUGACCAGUAACAGUCAUUCAAAAUUCCAUGGCUGCCACAGCCGUAAAAUACGCAGAACUUCAAUAGAAAUAAUCUAUUUUUAUAGCGCUUUUCUAAAACCCAAAGCUUCAUUCAGGGCAGGGUUUGAGGAGAGGGAUGUUCUGCUGUUGAAGUGAUGAGUCUUCAUGUCUCUUCUCUGACAUAAUAAUGAUGGAGAGUUUAAUGACACCUCUGAUCACAGCAUAUAUACUGAGAUUACACACAAUGUAGAUAUUGACAUGGGGAAUUAGACUUUCAAAUACUUUGCUUACACUUAUGUGGCUCUCUCACCCCCUCCUCCCUACAUUUUCUCUGUUUGUAACUGACACAACUUCUGUGUUGUGAUCCCCUCUCCAGGAGAUGGUUGAGGCAGCAGGUGAGGAUGAGAGGGAGCUGGCAGCAGAGAUGGCCGCUGCCUUCCUCAAUGAGAACCUGCCAGAGGCCAUCUUUGGGGCACCCAAGGCUGGGUCAGGCCAGUGGGCCUCUCUGGUGCGUCUGGUCAACCCCAUCCUGGGCACCACUCUGGACCUGGUCCAACUGGAGCAGAACGAGGCUGCCUUCAGGUGAGGACCGAGGAGAGGAUAGAUGGAAAAGGGCCACUAGGGCAAUGUUAUUAAUGGCUUAAGCUAUUCUCAACGUAAUUGCAGUGUAUUCGUACGAGAGAUGGUGAAACGAGGCAUUUGAACUGUCAUUCAGGGCAGGGUUUGAGGAGAGGGAUGUCAUGCUGUUGAAGUAAUGAGUCCUCAUGUCUCUUCUCAGACGUAAUAAUAAUGGAGAUAGUUUAAAACAUCUCUGAUCACUGCAUUAUACACAGAGGCCACAGAAAUUGACAUAGGGAAUCAGACUGAUGGGAAAUACUUUGGUUACACAUGCUGAUCUAUCAUACCCCCCUCCUUCCUUUUCCUCUCUCUCUGUUCUGUCCCUGCAGUGUGGCUGUGUGUCGGUUCGCCAGUGGAGGUGAUGACUGGUAUGUGCUGGUGGGGGUGGCCCGGGACAUGAUCCUUAACCCCCGCUCUGUGGGAGGCGGUUUCAUCUACACCUAUCGGCUGGGAGGGGGAGGGGACAAACUGGAGUUUAUGCACAAGGUGAGUGACAGAGGAUAUGACUAAUCAAGUGGUUUCUGGCUCUGGCUGGUUGACCACAGCUGUGUGCACAGGAAUUCCCCAACUGUUAUUUCUGAACGGUCAUAACUGGGCUGAGAGUCAGAGUACUAUCAUACUUGCCGCCACCCCCUCCCCUUUACCCAACUCCCAGAGGGACAAUGGUUACUUUUUUCCAGUCUCAGCAAGUCUUCAGUAUUCUACACUUUAUUAAUAGUCAGAAACUGAAAUUUGAAGCUUUCACAUGACCCUUUUUUUUUUUUUUUUUUUUAAGAUGACGUUUAAUUCACAUAUGUUAAUGACUAAUAAAAGCCGUGAAUAGGGAUGUACGUCUUUCCCUUUCAAGACUAUUCGAUAUGUAUCUAGAUACAUGGGCUCCGAUACAAUAUAGGAACGAUACGUUUUAGUUUGAAAUGAUUCGGUGUGAUUCGGUUCAAUGCGAUACGAGAGAAGAUUUGUUGCAUAAACACAUUUAUUUUCAAUUCUAAAUUAAAAUCUGCUGCUGAUGGAGUGUGUGUGUGUGUAAAUGAUGUCUAUGGUGUAUGUUCUAUGUAGGCACCGUAGCUGAGCCAUGAAGGAGACUAGGCAUCUACCGCCACAUUAUCAGAUUAGGGGGGCAAUGUAGCCUGUUUUAGUUUUUUUUGCCCCCCACUUCGGUUCUGAAAUCACCAUCAUCCACUAAAUAACUUGUCAUUUUUGCAGAUUGUGUUAGUAAUGUAUCGAUAUUUAUUGUUUACAAAUUAGCUAUGGCAUAAGCCCUAUUCGCACAGGACUAGUACUACUAGAGAACGUUGGUUAUGUAAUUAUUACCCCAGAAUGUCUGUUAUUCCAGAGGACUAUUCGGACAGGAUUAGUUUUUUUUCUUCCUCAAACUGCCACCUGUAAUUAUUUAGUUUUUCAAUAAAUUGACCGAUAUGACGGAAGCCUGGAGGUUUUUAUUCUAGGGGUGAAGAUAUUUCAACAUGUGCAGGUGAUAACAGGCUACACUGAUAACUCAAGCUUGGUUCCCAAGUUUCUAAACCAUACCGAACCAUCUUUGGUAUAGUGUCGUUAUAAUAUUUGAAUUGAGGACGUGCGAUCAUAAUCAUUAUUUUAGCGAUCCGCAGUAGAAGACGCCUGCAGAUGUGAGCUAAACGGUGCACUUGAGAUGAGUUUUUAGGUUAUAGAUGAGAAAGUGGACUUGCCAUUUCCAAAAGUUUAGCUCAGUUGGAAUGCUGCUUUGCGGUCUAUUAACAGCAAGGGUUGGAUUAAAUAGGCGCAAUAUUUUUUUGCUGACUCAUUUGAUGAUGAUGAAUUCAUUGGCACCAAACAUAUAAACAUUUAUAUACAGUUGAAGUCGGAAGUUUACAUACACUUAGGUUGGAGUCAUAAACUCGUUUUUCAACCACUCCACAAAUGUCUUGUUAACAAACUAUAGUUUUGGCAAGUCGGUUAGGACAUCUACUUUGUGCAUGACACAAGUCAUUUUUCCAACAAUUGUUUACAGACAGAUUAUUUCACUUAUAAUUCACUGUAUCACAAUUCCAGUGGGUCAGAAGUUUACAUACACUAAGUUGACUGUGCCUUUAAACAGCUUGGAAAAUUCCAGAAAAUGAUGUCAUGGCUUUAGAAGCUUCUGAUAGGCUAAUUGAGAUCAUUUGAGUCAAUUGGAGGUGUACAUUUAAUUUUUUUUACAUUUACAUCAUUUAGCAGACGUUCUUAUCCAGAGCGACUUACAAGUUGGUGCAUUCAACUUAUGAUAGCAAGUGGGACAACCACUUUUUUUUCUUAUUUUUUUUAUGGGGGGGUGGUGGAGGGGCGACGCAUUUCAAGGUCUACCUUCAAACUCAGUGCCUCUGCUUGACAUCAUGGGAAAAUCAAAAGAAAUCAGGCAAGACCUCAGAAAAUAAUUGUAGACCUCCACAAGUCUGGUUCAUCUUGGGAGCAAUUUCCAAACGCCUGAAGGUACCACAUUCAUCUGUACAAACAAUAGUAUGCAAGUAUAAACACCAUGGGACCACGCAGCCAUCAUACCGCUCAGGAAGGAGACACGUUCUGUCUCCUAGAGAUGAACGUACUUUGGUGCGAAAAGCGCAAAUCAAUACCAGAACAACAGCAAAGGACCUUGUGAAGAUAUUGGAGGAAACAGGUACAAAAGUAUCUAUAUCCACAGUAAAACGAGUCCUAUAUCGACAUAACCUGAAAGGCCGCUCAGUAAGGAAGAAGCCACUGCUCCAAAACCGCCAUAAAAAAAGCCAGACUACGGUUUGCAACUGCACAUGGGGGCAAAGAUCGUACUUUUUGGAGAAAUGUCCUCUGGUCUGAUGAAACAAAAAUAGAACUGUUUGGCCAUAAUGACCAUCGUUAUGUUUGGAGGAAAAAGGUGGAUGCUUGCAAGCCGAAAAACACCAUCCCAACCGUGAAGCAUGGGGGUGGCAGCAUCAUGCUGUGGGGGUGCUUUGCUGCAGGAGGGACUGGCGCAUUUCACAAAAUAAAUGGCAUCAUGAGGAAGUAAAAUUAUAUGGAUAUAUUGAAGCAACAUCUCAAGACAUCAGUCAGGAAGUUAAAGCUUGGUCGCAAAUGGGUCUUCCAAAUGGACAAUGACCCCAAGCAUACUUCCAAAGUUGUGGCAAAAUGGCUUGAGGACAACAAAGUCAAGGUAUUGGAGUGGCCAUCACAAAGCCCUGACCUCAAUCCUAUAGAAAAUGUGUGGGCAGAACUGAAAAGGUGUGUGCAAGCAAGGAGGCCUACAAACCUGACUCAGUUACACCAGCUCUGUCAGGAGGAAUGGGCCAAAAUUCACCCAACUUAAUGUGGGAAGCUUGUGUAAGGUUACCCAAAACGUUUGACCCAAGUUAAAUAAUUUAAAGGCAAUGCUACCAAAUACUAAUUGAGUGUAUGUAAACUUCUGACUCACUGGGAAUGUGAUGAAAGAAAUAAAAGCUGAAAUAAAUCAUUCUCUCUUAUUCUGACAUUUCACAUUCUUAAAAUAAAGUGGUGAUCCUAACUGACCUAAAACAGGGAAUUUUUACUUGGAUUAAAUGUCAAGAAUUGUGAAAAACUGAGCUUAAAUGUAUUUGGCUAAGGUGUAUGUAAACUUCCGACUUCAACUGUAUAUAGGCUAAGCGCACCACUUCAUUUUAAGCAGCAAUUUAUUGAAUCAGUUGGGUUUUUUCUUGUUAAAACUGCAAGCAACACCCGUCAAACUCAGAAAUGUUGCUCAAAACAGAGGAAUGUCGAUUCUCAUGGGACUAGUAUUAUCAGAGGACCUUGGAGUUAGUUGAAAAACAGGCGUUUUUCCGACUGGAAUUAUUACGUUCGUACUAUUUAAAAAUUAUCGACUUGGCAGAUUCUGACGGGACUUAAAUUGCGGAUGUGGUGAUUUGUGCUUGUGCUCAUAAUUACAUAACCCUAUCUCCCCCAGUAAAACGAAUCCUGUGUGAAUAGGGCUAUAUACACUGCUCAAAAAAAUAAAGGGAACACUAAAAUAACACAUCCUAGAUCUGAAUGAAUGAAAUAAUCUUAUUAAAUACUUUUUUUCUUUACAUAGUUGAAUGUGCUGACAACAAAAUCACACAAAAAUGAUCAAUGGAAAUCAAAUUUAUCAACCCAUGGAGGUCUGGAUUUGGAGUCACCCUCAAAAUUAAAGUGGAAAACCACAAUACAGGCUGAUCCAACUUUGAUGUAAUGUCCUUAAAACAAGUCAAAAUGAGGCUCAGUAGUGUGUGUGGCCUCCACGUGCCUGUAUGACCUCCCUACAACGCCUGGGCAUGCUCCUGAUGAGGUGGCAGAUGGUCUCCUGAGGGAUCUCCUCCCAGACCUGGACUAAAGCAUCCGCCAACUCCUGGACAGUCUGUGGUGCAACGUGGCGUUGGUGGAUGGAGCGAGACAUGAUGUCCCAGAUGUGCUCAAUUGGAUUCAGGUCUGGGGAACGGGCGGGCCAGUCCAUAGCAUCAAUGCCUUCCUCUUGCAGGAACUGCUGACACACUCCAGCCACAUGAGGUCUAGCAUUGUCUUGCAUUAGGAGGAACCCAGGGCCAACCGCACCAGCAUAUGGUCUCACAAGGGGUCUGAGGAUCUCAUCUCGGUACCUAAUAGCAGUCAGGCUAUCUCUGGCGAGCACAUGGAGGGCUGUGCGGCCCCCCAAAGAAAUGCCACUCCACACCAUGACUGACCCACCGCCAAACCAGUCAUGCUGGAGGAUGUUGCAGGCAGCAGAACGUUCUCCACGGCGUCUCCAGACUCUGUCACGUCUGUCACGUGCUCAGUGUGAACCUGCUUUCAUCUGUGAAGAGCACAGGGCGAUCUUGCCAAUCUUGGUGUUCUAUGGCAAAUGCCAAACGUCCUGCACGGUGUUGGGCUGUAAGCACAACCCCCACCUGUGGACGUCGGGCCCUCAUACCACCCUCAUGGAGUCUGUUUCUGACCGUUUGAGCAGACACAUGCACAUUUGUGGCCUGCUGGAGAUCAUUUUGCAGGGCUCUGGCAGUGCUCCUCCUGCUCCUCCUUGCACAAAGGCGGAGGUAGCAGUCCUGCUGCUGGGUUGUUGCCCUCCUACGGCCUCCUCCAUGUCUCCUGAUGUACUGGCCUGUCUCCUGGUAGCGCCUCCAUGCUCUGGACACUACGCUGACAGACACAGCAAACCUUCUUGCCACAGCUUUCAUUGAUGUGCCAUCCUGGAUGAGCUGCACUACCUGAGCCACUUGUGUGGGUUGUAGACUCCGUCUCAUGCUACAACUAGAGUGAAAGCACUGGCAGCAUUCAAAAGUGACCAAAACAUCAGCCAGGAAGCAUAGGAACUGAGAAGUGGUCUGUGGUCACCACCUGCAAAACCAGUCCUUUAUUGGGGGUGUCUUGCUAAUUGCCUAUAAUUUCCACCUGUUGUCUAUUCCAUUUGCACAACAGCAUGUGAAAUGUAUUGUCAAUCAGUGUUGCUUCCUAAGUGGACAGUUUGAUUUCACAGAAGUGUGAUUGACUUGGAGUUACAUUGUGUUGUUUAAGUGUUCCCUUAAUUUUUUUGAGCAGUGUAUAUAUCUGUCUCUAUCUCGUAUGUAUGUAUGUAUGUGUGUAGAGAGAUAAAUAUAUAUAGAGAUAGAUGUGUAUAUACACACACACACACGCAGUACCUGUCAGGUUUGGACACAACCUACUCAUUCAAGGGUUUUUCUUCAUUUUUACUAUUUUCUACAUUGUAGAAUAAUAGUAAAGACAUCAAAACUAUGAAAGAACGCAUAUGAGAAUGAUUUCCAAGAGUGUGCAAAGCUUUCAUCAAGGCAAAUGGUGGCUACUUUGAAGAAUCUAAAAUCUAAAAUAUAUUUUGAUUUGUUUAACACUUUUUUUGGUUAAUACAUGAUUCCACAUAUGUUAAUUCAUAGUUUUGAUGUCUUCACUAUUAUUCUCUCAUAUACUAAGCAAAAAAAGAAACGUCAACUGCGUUUAUUUUCAGCAAACUUAACAUGUGUAAAUAUUUGUAUGAACAUAACAAGAUUCAACAACUGAAACAUAAACUGAACAAGUUCCACAGACAUGUGGACAAACUAAAUAAUAAUGUGUCCCUGAACAAAGGGGGGGUCAAAAUCAAAAGUUACAGUCAGUAUCUGGUGUGGCCACCAGCUGCAUUAAGUACUGCAGUGCAUCUCCUCCUCAUGGACUGCACCAGAUUUGCCAGUUCUUGCUGUGAGAUGUUACCUCACUCUUCCACCAAGGCACCUGCAAGUUCCCGGACAUUUCUGGGGGGGAAUAGCCCUAGCCCUCACCCUCCGAUUCAACAGGUCCCAGAUGUGCUCAAUGGGAUUGAGAUCCGUGCUCUUGGCAGAACACUGACAUUCCUUUCUUGCAGGAAAUCACGCACAGAACGAGCAGUAUGGCUGGUGGCAUUGUCAUGCUGGAGGGUCAUGUCAGGAUGAGCCUGCAGGAAGGUUACCACAUGAGGGAGGAGGAUGUCUUCCCUGUAACGCACAGCGUUGAGAUUGCCUGCAAUGACAACAAGCUCAGUCCGAUGAUGCUGUGACACUCCGCCCCAGACCAAAUCGAUCCCGCUCCAGAGUACAUUUUACAUUUACAUUUACGUCAUUUAGCAGACGCUCUUAUCCAGAGCGACUUACAUUAUUUUAUUUUUUACCCCCGUGGGAAUCGAACCCACAAUCCUGGCGUUGCAAACGCCAUGCUCUACCAACUGAGCUACAUCCCUGCCGGCCAUUCCCUCCCCUACCCUAGACGACGCUGGGCCAAUUGUGCGCCGCCCCAUUGGUGUCACGGCCGGCUACGACAGAGCCUGGAUUCGAACCAGGAUCUCUAGUGGCACAGCUAGCACUGCGAUGCAGUGCCUUAGACCACUGCGCCACUCGGGAGAGUACAGGCCUCGGUGUAACGCUCAUUCCUUCGACGAUAAACGCAAAUCCGACCAUCACCCCUGGUGAGACAAAACCGCGACUCUUCAGCGAAGAGCACUUUUUGCAAAACGGUGGGUUUGUGCCCAUAGGCGACGUUGCUGCCGGUGAUGUCUGGUGAGGAUCUGCGUUACAGUAGGCCUACAAGCCCUCAGCCCAGCCUCUCUCAGCCUAUUGCGGACAGUCUGAGCACUGAUGGAGGGAUUGUGCGUUCCUGGUGUAACUUGGGCAGUUGUGUACCAUCCUGUACCUGUCCCGCAGGUGUGAUGUUCGGAUAUACCAAUCCUGUGCAGGUGUUGUUACACGUGGUCUGCCACUGCGAGGACAAUCAGCUGUCCGUCCUGUCUCUCUGUAGCUCUGUCUUAGGCGUUUCACAGUACGGACAUUGCAAUUUAUUUCCCUGGCCACAUCUGCAGUCCUCAUACCUCCUAUGCAGCAUACCUUUGCAUAUGAAUGCAGAAGGUGCCGUGCAGAUGUUCCAGAUCAGGAACAGGUCGCCUACCUCGCGUUGGUCAGUGCGCUAAGCCGGGCACAGUGCGCAGUUUGAUUAGGCUAAUAAUAUUGCCUGGGGUUGUUCGGCAUGCAAAAUGACUUGUAGAUCAAUGACAAAAUGAGGUAUUUUCGGAAGUUAGAAAUAAUGUAAUAUGAGCAAAAACAAACUUGUGAACCAGCAAUUCGUAACGUUUUGAAUACAUUUUCUGACCGACGCAUGCUACGCUAUGCUUUGGAUUGGUUUGGGGUCUGUGGACCGACACACAUGUACUCUAGUAUGUGGACACCCCUUCAAAUUAGUGGAUUUGGCUAUUUCAGCCACACCCGCAUAAAAUCGAGCACCCAGCCAUGCAAUCUCCAUAGACAAACAUUGGCAGUAGAAUGGCCCGUACUGAAGAGCUCAGUGACUUUCAAAGUGGCACCGUCAUAAGAUGCCACCUUUCCAACAAGUCAGUUUGUCAAAUUUCUGCCCUGUUAGAGCUGCCCCGGUCAGGUGUAAGUGCUGUUAUUGUGAAGUGGAAACAUCUAGGAGCAACAACGGCUGUGCCACGAAGUGGUAGGCCACACAAGUUCACAGAACGGGAUCGCAGAGUGCUGUAGCGUGUAAAAAUGGUCUGUCCUCGGUUACAACACUCACUACCGAGUUCCAAACUGCCUCUGGAAGCAACGUCAGCACAAGAACUGUUCGUCGGAGCAUGAUGAAAUGGGUUUCCAUGGCCGAGCAGCCGCACAAGCCUAAGAUCACCAUGCGCAAUGCCAACCGUCGGCUGGAGUGGUGUAAAGCUUGCUGCCACGCUUCACCAUCUGGCAGUCCGAUGGACGAAUCUGGGUUUGGCGGAUGCCAGGAGAACGCUACCUGCCCGACUGCAUAGUGCCAAAUGUAAAGUUUGGUGGAGGAGGAAUAAUGGUCUGGGGCUGUUUUUCAUGGUUCGGGCUAGGCCCCUUACUUCCAGUGAAGGGAAAUCUUAACGGUAACGCAUACAAUUACCUUCUCGAGGAUUCUGUGCUUCCACCUUUUGUGGCAACAGUUUGGGGAAGGCCCGACCUCACUAAUGCCCUUGUGGCUGAAUGGAAGCAAGUCCCCGCAGCAAUGUUCCAACAUCUAGUGGAAAGCCUUUCCAGAAGAGUGGAGGCUGUUAUAGCAGAAAAGGGGGGACCAACUCCAUAUUAAUGCCCAUAAUUUUGGAAUGAGGUGAUCGACAAGCAGGUGUCCACAUACUUUUGGCUAUGUCGUGUAUCUUGAACAUUUGAAACAGGGACUGAUGCGUAUCGGUGGAUUGUUACAUCCCUAUAAAUAAAUGUUGUUUUGAUUGUCAGACUCCAGUGGAGGACGUUCCUCUGGCCAUCGCUCCGUUCCAGGGCCGUGUGCUGGUGGGCGUUGGCAAACUGCUGCGCAUCUACGACCUGGGCAAGAAGAAGCUGCUGCGCAAGUGUGAGAACAAGGUGAGACUGGGAGCCUGACGUGUCUCUCACACACAAACACACACACCUACCUCAGUCCUGAGUUCUUUACAUCCAGUGUUGGCUCAGUUAAAAGGUAGAUAAGAUGUAAAAAAAAAGAUUGACUACUGUGUAAUGAUUUAUGAUUUAUCGCUGGUAUGUUUUUGAUUUCACUCAAUUACCAAGGGAUCCUUGUGUGAAGUUUGCUAUUCUUAAUUGAACUUUAAAUGUUACAAUGUUGACACAGAGGAAGUGUUGGUUGAGGACUAACCUAAAUAGUAACUUCAGGUUAAGGUCUCAAAGGAAUCAAGGUAACCACUUGAAUUAUUAGUGAUUGGGGAGAUGAUUGAUUUGUAAGAAUCUCCUUUCAAAAGCAAAGAGGGCAAGGAUAAAAGGCCACCGCUUCGUGCAGCCAUCAUCCAUUGUCCCAGAGGACAUUUUACCAUGGUCGACCUCUUGUUUAGGUUCCAGACCUUUCAAAUAAAAUCCAUAUGGCAGUAGUAGGUCAGUUGAUGACCAAGAUAUUUAGUUGUUUAAUGAUGUCAUCUGUCUCAUUUCCAGCAUGUCCCCAACCUGGUAACAGGCAUCCACACCAUCGGUCAGCGGGUCAUAGUGACUGACGUACAGGAGAGUCUGUUCUGGGUGCGCUACAAGCGCAGCGAGAAUCAGCUGAUCAUCUUUGCCGACGACACCCACCCUCGCUGGGUCACCACCGCCUGUCUGCUGGACUACGACACCAUGGCUUCAGCCGACAAGUUUGGCAACAUCAGCAUUGUACGUGGUCACUCUUUAUUGUUCCUUUCUGACAAAGGUGUUGGGUGUUGUAUCGCUUUGUACCUUUUCUCUAGACGCCUCACAUUAACCGUUUGAUCCAAUUUAUGAUCUGUCAAUGAUGUUAGCACUUACACUUUGUACCUCCUAAGGUGCGCCUGCCCCCCAACACCAGUGAUGACGUGGAUGAGGACCCAACUGGGAACAAGGCGUUGUGGGAUAGAGGUCUGCUGAACGGAGCCUCUCAGAAGGUACAGACUUUCUGCUCCCCUGUCACAGCAUCACAGCUCUGUAGAGACCGGAGCCCAGGAGAACGCUACUUCUGUCUAAUUAAGGAAUCUGUCUUUUUGUCUCUCUAUGGAUCACAUUUUUUGUCUUAGUGGUGUUGUGGUUUGCCUCAUCCCAGACCCAGCUUAUAACAGACCUGCUCUCCAAACCUUGGCAGCUGUCCAGGCCAAAAUCGCUGUUUAACAUGCUGUUUUCCAUUUAGCUGUUUAUUGGAAGCUUUUAGGAGCUACAUUUUUUUGUAGGUAGUCAGUGGGAAAUUUCCUCAAUUUUGACUUAUUGUGGGCAAUUGGUAAAAAGGGUGCAUGUAAGCAAUGUUUUCUGGGUGGUGAGUGUGACGUGAGUGAGAAUUUUUCUGUAAUGACCAUGUCUGUCUGACCCUGUACCAUGUCUCUUCUCCUGUGUCAGGCUGAAGUGAUCAUGAACUACCACAUCGGGGAGACUGUGCUGUCUCUGCAGAAGACCACACUGAUACCCGGUGGCUCCGAGUCUCUGGUCUACACAACACUGUCUGGAGGCAUCGGCAUCCUGGUGCCCUUCACCUCCCACGAGGUACCUGACACACACAUUCAUUAAAGACCUAAAGUACACAACCAUCCAUAUUGAACUGUCUUCAUUGGCAGGACUUGAAAACAGGGAAGUUAUGUUCAUAGAAUAAGGAAUUAGAAUACUAGAAUGUACAUUAACCUUCUUAUGAUGGGAUCAAGGUCAGCCAAUUUGGUCAGGGAGUUGGUCAACCAUGGUUUACCAGUUCUGUGAUAAGAUAUUGUGUAAAAUAAUUAAUUUGAAGAAUUUAUCUGCACUGUAUGUUUGUUAGCUAGCUAGCCAGCUAGUUUUAGAGGAAUGUUUCCAUAAAUCUUUCAAAUUAACUUUCAAACAAUGCAGUCAAUCCACAGCCAUACACUGGCUGAAAUCAGUUGAUGAUAGGACUUAGACAAGUUGUAAAUGCAACAAGUACUGAUAUUGUAUCAUAUAAUGGUACUCUCACAGCUUUCCAAGAAAACUAAAAAUAACAUUUGUAGUUUGUUUACAUAUAUUUUAGAGGCUAUUUAUAUAGACAAUUUGUAUAAAACCUUUAUAAACUGUAUUUAUAAUUAUGACAAUAUUUUAGGUUGACAAUUCUAUUACACAAUGUCUGAUCUCACAUGCCUUUUAUUUUCCUUUAAGUAAAAUCAGGAUUAUGCCUCCACUGCCUUUAAUUCCUAUUAGAGUGGUUUGGAUUUCUCCCUGACCAAUAUGGCUGCCAUUUUCACACCAUUCUGGAACUUUGAAGGUUUAUGACAUAGCCCCUCUAGUAAUUUUAAUAGGAUCUCUAUGGUUAUGUUGUUGAAGUGAUGUCAUGUCUCUUCUCUGACAAACCAAUGGAGAGAGCUUAAACAUCUCUGAUCUCAGCAUAUACACAGAUCAUCUCUCACAUUUCUCUAAUUUCCUCAACCAUCCACAAUUAUACAUAAUGAAUGAUUGUUUUUGACUUAAUAUAGUGUAUGUGAAUGUUUUGAUAUAUUUAUGGCACUUAUUAAUCUAUGGUGUGCCUCUUAUCUGUCCUCAGGACCAUGACUUCUUUCAGCACUUAGAGAUGCACAUGCGCUCAGAGUUCCCCCCUCUUUGUGGGAGGGACCACCUCAGCUUCCGCUCCUACUACUUCCCUGUAAAGGUGGGUACUAACUAAUUUAAGUUGACUUACUAUUCCCAUAGGAUGGUUGGACAAAGAAAGCCACACUUUAUACUCCCUGCUACUAAUUCCUCAUUAUGUAGAUGGAAUGUGUACAGAGGACACCACUAUGUUUACAAAUGUAGUCUGGUACCAAAUCCACUGGGUGAAAAGUUAUGCCAAGAACCAACUAGUGUGUGUGGGCUCUUUCCAAGUCCAGUACAUUUAGCUGGAUCAUACACGCUGUGAAUUAUUAAGUCUGUGUCGAACAUGAUGGCAGAAAUAAAUUAGAAGCCUUGUUCUUUGGCCACCCAGACAGUCUGCCUACUGUAUCUGACCUUCUUCAUCUGUUCUGUCUAUCUGUGUGUCUGCAGAAUGUGAUAGACGGAGAUCUGUGUGAGCAGUUCAACUCCAUGGACCCCCACAAGCAGAAGAGUGUUGCUGAGGAGCUGGACCGUACACCACCUGAAGUCUCAAAGAAACUGGAGGACAUCCGCACACGUUAUGCCUUCUAG